CUCCUGUGUCUGCGUCAGAUUACAUGAUGUAAGAAGAGUGCGUCAGUGUCCAGUUAUCCCGUGAGUGUAAGUGUCCUCGGGCUCAGUAACCACACUUACCUCAGAUCACUCCCCUCCCUCCCCCCAGCUCUCUGUGCAGGGCGGCUGGCAGUGCUACAUGUAUUGCUGUAAUAUAUAAUAAUAAUAAUAACAUGGAAUAAAUGUUAGUUUAGGAACUCUAAGUCCCUUAUAACAUACUAUAAUCAUAUUAAAUGUUACCAUUUUAUGUUAAGAGAAGUUACCGCGUUAGCUGUGUGAAAUGAUAUUUUAGAUCCCGAGAAUUCCAUGAUUAGAACAUUUCUACACACUGUGAGCACAUUGUAAUGGGAUGGGCGGGCUGCAGGCCAGGAUGCAUCGGUUCAAUAAAUAAUAUUGUCCUGCAAUAAAGCCAAAUAUCACACAUUUUAUGAAUGUAAUUAGAUACGGUAUAUUCAAACAAUGCUAAGUUCAAGGUCUGAUAUAAUCAGUGUAUGUCACUGUGUGAUAAGGUAGAGCCAGAGAGAGUAGGCUAGAAAGCAUUAAACAACAAUAGGGGGGGAAAUGAAUUAAGUCCAAUAAUAUCCAGUACAACAACAGUAACCUUCUAUGGAAAAGAAAGGUAAAUAUCUUGCAGGUGUACCAUGCAGCAUAAUAACAUGAGAAUGGAGUGUAGAUAUAUUUUGAUGUGAAUUGAUCGGAGGUAGGCAUUUACCAACAAUAGGGAACAAAUGACAAAAAACUGAACAAAAUAAUCCCAAGAGGUGGAAGUAACAGGAAGUUCUUUAUUUUGUCUCUUGUUUAUUGAUAUUGUUUUGUUGGGUUUUCCCCCAAUGUUUUGGCUUGAUAUGAUUUCGUGUAUUUCAGUAACAUAGUAUGCAUAUUUGUAACCAUAGCACUAUAAUGGGUCAAGUUCUCCACUGGCAGACUUGACAUCAUGUUGUGACAGCUUCUUGUUUUCUCCACCCUUUAUAUCCUAAAAAAAACUCGCUUUUUGGGUAUUCUUGAGGAAAUCAAAAUAUUUAUUCAUGGGCUGAGUGCCAAGGCAAAACAGCAACAGUGUUUUCACUUAGGUGAGAAUUGAAGGUGACCUCAAAGUUAAUUUAUCUUUUAAGGCCAAAGUAGUUGAAUUGGAAGCAUAGCUGACGAUUCACUCUGAAGUCUCACUUUGGUUAAUAACCCUACAAGUGUGAAGAGAGAUUAUUUUUCUUGAAACUGGUAAAAAAUUUUGCACAUGGGUCAAUGUAAUUUGCUAAUGUGAAUAUUGCCAGGAAUUCAAAGUGAAUUCAAAUUAACAGGGAUAUUUACUACGGCAAAUUCAAAGUAUGUUUUAAAUUUAAGGCCAGAGUACCCAGAUUAAAAGCACAGCUGGCUUAUAGAAUUUUUAAGUUCUGCUAUUUUGAUUAUAAACUUGAAAUUCGCCUUAAAGGAACACUAUAGUGCCAGGAAAACAAACUUGUUUUCUUGGCACUAUAGGGUUAUUAGGUUCCCCCCUCCCGCUGGGCUGUAGGGGUUAAAACCCCUUCAGCCACUUACCUUAAUCCAGCGCCGUGCUCCCUCGGCGCUGGCGACCUCUCCUCCCUCUGCCAACGUCAGCUCUGAAUGCGCAUGCGCAGCCAGAGCUACGCUCGCAUUCAAACUGCCUAUAGGAAAGCAUUACUCAAAGCACUCCUAUGGACGUCCAGCAUGAGUUCAAUGCAAUUUUCACAUUGAGGAUCGUGGAAGCGGCCUCUAGUGGCUGUCAGGCUGGAUUAACCCUCAAUGUAAACCUAGCAUCUCUAAAACUGCUGUUUUCAGCUGCAGGGUUAAAACUAGGGGGACCUGGCACCCAGACCACUUCAUUGAGCUGAAGUUGUCUGGGUGCCUAUGGUGGUCCUUUAAAUGAUCACUUUAGUAAAUAAGCCUGCUAAGGUGAUAGUACCCAAACUGGAAAUAUAGCUGACUGGGAGAAUUUUUAUAGUUCAUCGACUUUGGCCUUAAAUUUGUAUUUCCAACAAUUGUCAUUUUGGUAAAUAACCCUGAAUCUGUCUUAUUCUUAUCCUUCAAAUCAAGGAGGUAAAAUAAAAGAGAAAUAUACAUUCAUAAAUAUGAACUCUCUACGUAGGACUUUGUAGAGUUAAAGGGACACUAUAGUCACCAGAACAACUACAGCUUAUUGAAUUUGUUCUGGAGAGUAGAAUCAGUACCUUCAGGCUUUUUGCUGUAAACACUGUCUUUUCAGAGAAAUUGCAAUGUUUACAUUACAGCCUAGUGAGAACUUCACUGGCCACUCCUCAGAUGGCUGUUAGAGAUCCUUCCUGGGUCAUGGCUGCCUAAAAUGCAUCCAAACAUUCAGUGUCUCCAACCUCAUGCAGACACUGAACUUUCCUCAUAGAGAUUCAUUGAUUCAAUUCAGCUCUAUGAGGAGAUGAUGAUUGGCCAGGGCUGCGUUUGAAUUGUGCUGGCUCUGCCUCUUUGUCAGUCUCAGCCAAUCCUAUGGGGAAGCAUUGUGAUUGUAUCAGGCUACCACUUCUGCUGAUGGCAGUGGGCAGGUCUGAAGGAAACAGGGACAAAAUAUGCAGCUGCAGACGUGAAUACAAGUAAGUUUUACUAUUUUUAGGGAGGCAUAAGAGGGCCAGAGGGGGCUAGAUGGUUGUAACCCUAUAGGGUCAGGAAUACAUGUUUGUGUUCCUGACCCUAUAGUGCUCCUUUAAGCUGACCUGCAGAGCUUUAAACUGCUGGAUCCUGUACUUUUGUUUAAAUCUGUUAGUUCUAGGGCAGUGAUGGCAUUGAGCCCGAGUGCCCAAACCACAAUACAUGCCAACUUUUUUUUCCUUAAAGUGCCAACACGGCAAUUAAACCUCAAUACUGAGGUUUAAAUUUAGAAAAAACAACUCGUACUGUUGUCCGAACUAAUUAACAACCUUUGUUUUAAAAGAACACAACAACAGAGAGUUCAAUGAUACAAAUUUUAAAUAAUGAUAUAAAUAGAUAAAAAUUAAGCUUAUAUUUAUUAGUAUCUCCAACAAAUGCAAUACAUACACACACAGACUGCUGAAUACACAAACACAGACUGCUGAAUACACACACACAAGACUGCUGAAUACAGAGACUGAUGAAUAUACAUACACACAGUCUGCUGAAUACACACACACACACACACACACACACAGUCCACUGAAUACACGCACACACACAGACUGCUGAAAACACACACAUACUGCAUUGAGGGGUGCUGUGUGUGGGUUGCUGUAUGUGUGUGUGUGUGAGGGGUGCUCUUUAUAUAGGAAAGAUAAGGAAGACAAGAAAGGGGCAGGGGUGGCCUUGUAUGUGAAGGAUAGCAUAAAAUCUAGCCUAAUAAAAGUUAGUGAGGCAAACAUAGAGUCCGUUUGGGUUACGUUAGAAUUUGGUAAUCACACAGUAACUUGUGUAGGUGUGAUUUAUAGGCCCCCAGGACAAAUAGAAGAGUUAGAUGAUCUACUAGUUGAGGAAAUAGCUAAAAUGACAAUGAAGGGGGAAGUUAUCAUCAUGGGUGACUUUAAUCUUCCUGAUGUAAAUUGGAAAAAAAAUUAGCUACUUGUGCCAGGAGCACACAUAUUCUAAACUCCCUACUGGGAUUGUCUCUAAAACAAGUUGUUGAGGAGCCAACUCGUAAAGAGGCCAUACUAGAUUUAGUGUUAACAAAUGGAGAUUUGGUAUCAGAUAUACAAUUUAAGAUCUCAAGAGAACGUGGCAUAUGGUGGUAAUCAAGGAAUUUGUUUUGUUAUUUAACCCCUUAAGGACACAUGACGUGUGACAUGGCAUGAUUCCCUUUUAUUCCAGAAGUUUGAUCCUUAAGGGGUUAAAGUGAAAUGAUCACUUGUUUAUAUUCAUCUGUUGAUGUACAACCUAUUCUCUAUUAGGUUCCUACAUUUGUAUUCUAAUUUUUAACUGUAGUGCUAGAUUUAUUUUGCUAGGAGUCACAUGCUUUUAAAAAAAAAGUUUGUAUAUGACCAUAUAAUUAGAUUUAGGAGAUUUUCAGUGUCAUUUCUGAGAAUAAGCAAUAGUUCUGCUUCCCUGGCCAAACACAUCUUAGGAACUUAGCUGCAUAUGGUUCUUGAAUAUAGAUCAGACAUAACUGUUUGCAUCAAGUAGCUAAAGUUGGAACCAUGGGCAUGAAAUCCCUACCAACAAUUCACAUGAAAACUAGAACAACAGCCUGACAGGUGACACAGAGGGGAAAAAAAGCCAAUCUAAAACUAACAUUAAACUACAUACCACAAAGCGUGAAAAGUAAUUAAGGGUGCAUAUCUAAGUGUUCAUAGGAAAGAAGAGGAAAAUAGAAUAGUAGAAGCUACUAAGAAGACCGAUAGAGUGAUAUAUUACCUGCCCUUAGAGAAGGUGAAAGCUAGGAAUGCCUGUGUGCAGGCUAAAGAUUAAGAUACAAGUAUUCAUUAUUCUUUUGUGGUUACAGCCUAUAGGUAAAAAAAAAAAAAAAUGCGUCCUCAGCACUCCAUCAUUGGUCACCCAUGGAUACUUGAUGCAAUUGCCAAAUAUGACUCUAGAAAUCACAAGAACAAGCCUGUUCCUGCUCAAGUGGUUGAAGUAAGUAUGUUAAUACCCCUAAAGUCAAUUUGUUUUUAAUACUCGGUGUUCUUGAUUGUAAAAUUGCGCUUGGUUCAAAGUAUGUAGUAAAAUGUAUGGAAUGCCGUGUUUUGUUUUUUAAACUGCAUGCAUUAUAUUCUUGAUUCAUUCAUAUGAAUUUUUUUUAAAAGUUGCGGUCUAUGUCCAUGAUUGUGUCAAAUUUCAUUUUGCCAACUGUAACAAUAUGUAACAAAGUAGCACUGUUGUUAUGCAUUGUGAGGUGUGGUUGUUAGGGCACUAUUAAUGUAAGUUACUUUAUUUAAAAAGUAUUUAGAAUGCAAAGUAAUUACUUGCUUGUCACAGUGUGCUUAUGGUCUGACAAAAUUAUUGACUUAAUCAGGCUUACACAGAAAUGAAAGGCUAGGUUGGCCUUUCAUUUUCAGAUACUAGUGAAGUAUCUCACAGCUUAUUGUCCCCUAGCCAUCCUUCUCUCAAUGCCAACUUUAAUGGAAACAAAUUUUGUAAGUGUUCAUUUGUGGUGGAGUAUAACACGUGGGCCUGUCUAUUAGCGUACUGAUUUCUUUUGUAUAUCAGAAAUGUAAAAAUCAGAUGUGGAAUGUGAUAUAUGCGGUACCAAAAUAUAAAAAAUGUUUCACACGAGUGCAGGACAUGUGCAAAGUUUCUGUGGUUCCCUCAGCAGUAGACAUAUGCAUCAAAUGAUACAAAAAGCACGGUGCACAGCUUAGUUAACAAGGGCCACCCGUGGAAACCUUGGAUCAUUUAUUGAUGAGCACCAAAACGCAAACCUAUUGGCAACCCUGUCACUUUAACAAUGUACAAUAUAUUGUACAUUGAGAAAGGAAAAGGGGUCCUGAAACAUUUUUGAUUUGGUAAUCUUUUAUAAAUGGUCUAAGGGUCCCACAGUUUUUGAUGCUUCUUCUAUAUAUCGGAGCUAAACACACACACAGAGUUAAGUAUUAAUUUGUUAUACAUACACUUAACUGAAUUGGCUAUCUUAUUUGCAUAAAGAUUAAUCAUAUGAAAUAUACGAUGCAUUAUGUUCCUCUCUUUAUCUUGGCAGUUUGUGAAGAUGCCGAGCAGCUCAACAAAUGAUCCUGAGGAUCCAGCAGCUGUUGUACAUAUUUCUGACAGAAAGUAUUACAUCCGAGCAAUCAUCACCAAGGAGGCACAAGAAACAAUGGAAAGGUAAGUGCAUGCAGAAAAAUGCUGUAUCUUUAAUUGUAACACUGUAAAUUAGUACGCUUAGGAAAACGCAGCAUACUUGUUGGUAAGCCAUGGCUUUACUCACUAUAGUAUUAAACUGUGGCCAGGCCCAAUAGUGAUUGUGGAAUUUGCUGGUCAUUAAUUUUACUGCCUUGAAGUUGCUGACAUAUUAGCCAAAUUUACAGGCAAUACACUGCACAUGCUUUUCUAAAAAAUUCAGAGAAGGCAGUCUCAUUCUUGGAUAUACCGAUCUCUGUCUACACUAAUAACUCGCACAUCACCUCCGCCUCUGUAUCAAAUCCUUUUUUUAGAACAGGAACAGCCCCGUCAACAACGGGGUCGGUUAAGAGACAGGGAUCGGUGGCAUACAAGAACUAGAAUCGGGUUCAGAGGAUAAAGCUCCGUACAAAAUUAAUUAAUUUAUCUGACUUUGAACUAUCAACCCACCAUAUCACUCUGCUGAAGAGGGGUUUAUCAUUUGUACCAACUCCCGCCUGCAAUAAAUUCAACUGGUCUAAGGACAGAAAUCUCUAUGGUAGGAAGCUGGCCCUCAACAUUAUGCAUACCAAAAAAGAUCAUUAAUGGCCAGUGACUUGGGUCUUUCUAUACAGGACUAUGAACUCUCCAAAACUCUUGACAGUUUGUUAGAUGAACAUGACCUCACGAGACCACUAACAGACUUCAAACCAUCAAGCUAUUUUACCCCGAACUUUGCAGACACACCCCAUGUCGAUCUUUGUCCAAAUGUCACUAAACGAGUUCGAAACUACUAUCAAUCAGACUCCUGUUAUUAAUAACCUUAGCUUCUUGGAACGCAAAGCCUUAAAAGAACUACAAGAACAGGGUAUAUAAUAAUAAAACCGGCAGAUAAAGGGGGCAAUAUAGUCCUUAUGAAUCGCUCUUAAUAUGUCAGCAUGUGCAUGUUACAUCUUGAUGACACGACAUAUUACAGAAACCUACCCUUGGAUCCCACCAAUAAGUUUGUAGGUGAACUUGAUUUACUCCUUAAUGAGACCCUAACUCAACAGAUUAUUAGCCAAGAUGAAUUUCGAUUCUUAUGUCCUAGCAAGAACCUGACCAUCGCAACAUUCUACUGUUUGCCUAAGAUACAUAAGGGCACUCGGCCUCCCCCAGGUAGACCGAUUGUGUCCGGGAACAAUUGCCUUACAGAAUCGCAUAGCAAAUUUGUUGACAAAAUCCAGCAUCCUAUGGUAAUUAAAUUACCGUCUUACAUAAAGGACACCAAAUCUACUCUCUUGACACUACAGGACAUGACAGUACCACCCUACACACAACUAGCAAGUUUGGACGUGGUGGCAUUGUAUACAAACAUUCCCCAUGAAAUGGGACUCAAGGCAUGCAGGUCUUUCCUAGACAACACAUCAUACAAUGAGCUGCAGAAAAACUUUCUCCUAGCCACCCUUGAAUUUAUUUUAACACAUAAUUAUUUGACGUUUAACGUUCGGUAUUAUUUACAGAUCUCUGGCACAGCCAUGGGGAUAGCCUGUGCACCCACCUACACCAGUUUGUUUUUGGGGUGGUGGGAGCAGCAUGUCGUCAUGACAUCUAAAUUUAGCUGCUUUCAUGAGUACAUCUUGAGUUGGCACAGAUACAUUGACGACGUGUUGCUCCUGUGGACAGGAUCCGUCCCCAUGUUCGAGGAUUUUGUAAAAAGUCUCAAUGACAAUGACAUCAAUUUAAAAUUCACACACGUAAUUGACGAACACGAAUUGGUGUUUCUUGACCUAAAAAUCUUGAUGGAACUAUCCAAACGGAAUUGUUUAGAAAGGCUACUUCGACAAACAGCUUGCUUCACUGGGAAAGCCAUCAUCCAUAUAAAUUAAAGGCCUCCAUUCCGUAUAGCCAGUACCUGAGGGCAAGACGCAACUGUUCACAAGGUCAGACUUUUUAUAAUGAAUGCAAACUAUUGAAUUUGCGUUUCAAGGAACUGAGGUUCCCCAACCGUGUCCUCAAACACGCCUUUCAUAGGGUAUGUAACAUGGACAGAGACUCCAGCCUUCACUUCACUAGACCCAAAUCUGAGUCUAAGGCUCCACGAUGCAUUGCCACCUUCGAUCAAGGCUGGGGGCCAAUGUCCAAAAUUCUGAAGAAGAAUUGGACAAUUCUUCUACAUAAUCCAGUACUUCAGACGGUGUUACCAGAGUAUCCACCUUUUUACACCACGCAGACCAACUAACUUACAAGAUCUACUUGUCCAUAGCCACCUGGCAUCUCCUUCACCACCCUUGUUGUUUGGCUGUCAAACACCAAGGGUACAUAUAAGUGCGGGCAUUGUAAGGCCUGCCAAUAUAUUUUGCCCUCCAAGUCAACCACGUCCACUCAAACCCACAUUACCAUAGACACUAGUGCCCUGGUCAACUGCAGUUCUACACAAGUGAUCUAUUUGAUCACCUGUAGUUGCGGGGUUCAAUACAUUGGUAAAACUUACCAGCAGUUUAGACGCAGGAUCUUGCAACAUAUAAUCUCCAUCAACAAUACUGUGACACCCACUCCGGUAGCAAGACAUAUUCUGAAUGUUCAUGAUGGCAAACCUGAGAACCUUAAAUUUCAGGUUAUGGAAAAAUUGGUGCCCAACCCAAGAACAGGUGACUUCAACAAAAGCCUGCUAGUUAAAGAAUCACAAUGGAUUUUUGCUUUUAAAACAGUGACCCCCCUCGGUCUUAAUGAAGAAUUUAAUUAUACACCCUUAAUACACCGUUGAACUUGUACCUAAUAUACAACUUAGGUACUUCUUCUAUGACUUUACUUUAAUUUGGAUGAUACAGGACAUGAUUAUGAACCUUACCAUGAAAUUUUCCAUUCAAUUUGGCACUACAUCGAGGUAGUUCUGUUAUACUUCACUUUUGAUUGUAUUUUACUGUAUAUGAUAGCAACUUGAUAUUCCAGACAAUAGCCACAUAAAAUCUUUAUUAUUACAUUAUACAGGAAUGGUCUUAUUAGCCUGCAGUCAGAAUACUGCCUUUAACUUUUUAUUAACCCAUCAGACUGGGACAUCAGUAUCUUUUGACCACCGCAGCCGAGAGCUGCAAUCAAAUUUUCAAUAUUUCAUUCACUUUAAAGACAUUAUAAUUGUCUCCCAUUCAGUGGAAUUGAGUCUUGUAAACUAUAUAUGUGUUAAUUUCCACCGCUUAUUCCAGCAGCAUCUAUGAAUGACAUGACGUUUGUAAGAGCUUUUGAGGACUAUACCAUGUCAGCAUGACAAUGCCUUGACUUUAUAGACUCGACAAACUGAUUGUAUAUGAGUGAAAAAGCGGAAUGGUGGUUAAAGGAAGAUAUAUCAGGCCUGCUUUGGUAAACAGCAGCCAGAGAGUUUUCAGUUAAAUGUCCCAGGGAGAGACGUUAAGUUUGCAAUAUACAUUGUUGAUACUAUGCAAAACACGGUAUGGGUCCCUGGGGCAGAGCAUUUGGAGAGCAGGGUGGGCCAGUGCUCCAAUAGCACUAGUUGCUAUCUAACAGCCAGAGCAGAUCUUGUGUAUAUACCUUAGGAGUUCCAGAGAUGGUAACUAAGUGAUCCUCACCUGUAGCUGGUCAAUUGGCAGGCAGGCUUUUAAAAGAAGGGAUCAGCCUGCUGCAGGGUGAGGGAGAAAGAGCCAGAGGAAUGGUAUGUUUUGCAGCUAUAUUUUGCUAUUGUAAAUUGGUAAGUGGGAAAGCCACCCAUUUCCAGUUAGUGAUUAUUGUGUUUAGUAAGUGCUCCAACAAGAGCAAGGAAUUUUGUUUUGUCUAUUUUAUUUUGAUGCACCUGUAUAUUUUGCACCAAAUAAAUGAGAAAAACUGAGCUGGAUGAGUCCUGGACUUUGAUUACCCUAGAAGGCUGUGGUUACCAUGAGAUCUGUGACAAAAUCCUACCGGUUAAACAGGUGGUUUGUUACAAUACAUAUACUUAUAAAUGUAAAUAUUGAUAUUAAUGGCACUAUCACACUGUCCCCAAGGAUUGAGCUUUUGCUAACUUACUUUAGUUGAGCCAUUAUGGCCACUGUAUUCUCACAUAACCCCUGUGCCGACUGCGGAUCAGCUUCAGGGACGGGCUAUUUAAACCUAGCUACACCGGGGAGUCGGUUCCCCCUGAUGAGCCUCUAAUCCAGGUGAAAUGCGCGUCGGGGUUCGACACUCUACUGGCAUUAAAUUUGGUUUCCUAUUUUCCACCAUACCCCUUUAUCUUUUAGUGAUUUUGAUUUACCGCCGGCUUGUUUUAAUAGCCAGUGGGUAGAAUGUGGAUUUAGAUGGUCGACAGCCGUCUAAGUUAUGUAGGUUAACCAGUUACCGAUCAGGGUAAUUUUAUCACAGUUAACUAAUACCUCCAGCAGUACACCACUCUGAACUGUCUCACUGUUCAUUCAGUUCCCAUGAUCUUCUAUCUCCUCAUUGCUUUACUCUACUAGGUGCCCACGAAGGCACUAUUUCUAUUACUUUUUUUUUUUUUAUCUGUGACCCUGUUAGGGGCGUCUGAGCUAUUCUCUACUAUCCUGAGAUAGCCUACCAGAUAGCCCCACUCAGGUUUGUUUUAGCAUUGAGCGUGUGAAUUGCCUAAAGGCGAGGGAUUGCUUUAUUAGGAUGCCUCUCCCUAUAGAUUGGGAAACACAACAAUGAUACUAAAAAUUGCCGGUAAUAGUUUCCCUUCAUUUAAUAUUUAUAUUUGCUAGGCAUCGUUACAAUCUGAGAUCGGAUCAAGGGGAACACAUCAACGAUAUUGCACAUUGCCGACAAUAGUUUCCCUAUAUUUAAUAUCUAUAUUCAUUAGCCACUGUGAUAAUCUGAGAUUGAGUUUUUAAAGUUAUCCCUAGCAUGCUAUUUUGAUCAGACCGCCAGGAUAUAUUCUGGUGGAUUUGAUUGAUUUGAGUAUACGGAUACUUAUUGUGAUUUAUGAAUGUGGCACAGUAAACUGCAAUAGAGGCUAUAGUUAGGUUCUACCAACUCUCUUCAUUUUACAGAGAUAGAGUCUCUGCAGAUAGCGCCACCAAAUAAUAUGCUAUUUCACCGAUACCACGAGGAUACAUUCCAGUGAUCCGGAGGCACUCGAGCAUACUGAGACUUAUUGCCACUUAUGGUUGGAGCAAAAUAAACUGAUAUAGGGGCUACAGUUAGUUUCUAUUAACUCUAUCUUUCCUAUUUUAUUCACGUGACAACUAUAUUUUGGGGUUAGAUUAACUGUCAACAAUAAGACCACAGCUGUUAAUUACCACUGAGUGACUGUUUCAGUGAACUAGACACAUUUGUUGAUACAUUGAUACAACUUGUUGCAGUUACCUUUCCCCAUUUAGUGUAUAUUUUUUCACUGCUAUGUCUAUGUCUAUUUUAUCUUCUAUAUGUUUGGGCUCUUUGCUGAGACCACUAUAAUGGACCCCUUUUGAGCCGUUUCUGUCUAUUUUUGUGCUGUUUGGUAAUUUAAUAAAGUAUCUUCGAGAUUUUUAAAGAACACUAUUAGCUUCCACGUAUUUGUAUAUCCUACACUUUCAGGGACAGAUCUUUUCUCCGUUUUUCUAUGAUUUACAAUUUUUUAGGGUUACCCCCUCAUCUGUUCCCUUAGAUUUCCGGACAUCUAUUAUCUGGCCAACCCCCUUUUGCACUUGCCUUCAUAUAUGCACAUGUGCAGUGUUUGCUAAGCUAAGGACUUGGUGAAAAAUCUUAGAUUCAUUUUUGUUUAAAAAACAAAAACAAAAAAAAAACUUGUAAGUUACCUGGUGAUUUGAUACUUGACAUGUAUUUUUUGUUUUUAAUUUUUAAUGCAUUAUCAAUAAAAUGCAUAAAAAGGAUAGUAACAUCCAUGUAAAGAAUAUUGAUGGAAUAUGCAAAUUAAUAAAAUGCCAGAUUCUUUCUUCCAGCUAUAAACUUCUUAAACCUUAUACAAUUGUUGCAUUUUAUGCAGGUUAUAUUUUUUGACAUGUCUUAUUAAUGCUCUGAAAAGUAAUAAUUACAUUAGAUCUUAACUUUUUGUGUAAUAUCGCAAGUUACCAUUCUUUAGACAGCAGAUGCAUUCAGUUAUUGAAUGCACCAAGAACAUAGGAAAUCUCCACACAUCACUGUUCUCACUGAAGCUUAAUACAUGCUAACAGGAACCGGUGUGAAUGUUUUUUUUUUUUUUAUAUCUGCAGGGAAAGUGACCACUUUACAUUAGCUCGCGUAAAGAACAAAAUUAUCAUCUUGAAAAACUACACAGUCUGCUUUACAGAGUUGGAAGAUCUUGUGAGUGCUUAUUGUUUUUUUUGUGUUUUCAUAUUACCCAAAAAAGUCCCCUUUCUACCUUUACAUAACUAGACUUGGUGAGUGAAAAUAUUGCCCUGGCGAGUAUUAGUGGAGAAUUCUAUAGUCUCCAAAAUGCUUGUCAACGUAAUAUUCUUUAUUCAUUACGAUUCUUUAACUGGUAUUUUGUAGAUGUUUGGUGGUAAAUAUAGAAAUAUAUACACUUAUAUAAUAAAUAUAUACAUUACCUUGUAAACAAUUAUGUUUAAAACAUGUGGUAACAUAUAUCAAACGAACAGAACAAAGGAUACAGGUAGCGCCAAAAUAAAUACAAUAUUGUGGUAAGAAAUCAAAAAAGGUACCAAGUAAAAGAUAAAAAUGUCCUUUUGAGGUUUUAAAAGUCUUCAAAUGUUCAAUAAGAUGUCUCAGGAGUGGUAUCACACAUCAAGGGCAUAUGCAAAGGAGGGAAUAGGAGACCAAUAGUGCAGUAUUGUAAGUCUAUGGACUAUAGACAAUGUAGAACUAAAAACUGCCAACUCACGUUUUUCAGAGCUAUAACCAGCUCUCGGUAAAACAGCUUACAGUGCUAUUUCAACUCCCUACUUAUAGGAUAUCCUUCAAACGGUAGUUGUAGUGUAGUUUGCAUGCAAUUAAAGAAAAAGAAGGCCUAUAGUGCUCUCCAUAUUUGCAAAUAAGUAGUAGUAAAAUGAAAUAUACUUACAAUUUUGUGAGCAGACAAACCACUCUAUGGUAACAGCAUGGGUGGAACAAUCCCCACCUAGGAUACUUUUGAUGAUAGACCUGAUGUGUAUGGAAAAUAGGUUGCACCAGGUACAAAUAAAAUAAACUAAAUAAAAGUAUAAAAGACUGCCCCAAAGCAAAUAGGUAGUCUAAAAAUCUUACUUUUAUUUAAACAAAUAAUAAAAUCAACGCAUUUUGCCCUAUUAGGCUUCUCACUUGAAGAAGCCUAAUAGGGUGAAACGCAUUGUGAUUUUAUUAUUUGUUUAAAUAAAAGUAAGAUUUUUAGACUACCUAUUUGCUUUGGGGCAGUCUUUUAUACUUUUAUUUUAUUUGUACGUGGCGCAACCUAUUUUCCAUACACAUCAAGUCCAUCAUCAAAGGUAUCCUAGGUGGGGAUUGUUUCACCCAUGCUGUUACCAUAGAGCGGUUUGUCUGCUCUCAAAAUUGUAAGUAUAUUUCAUUUUACUACUACUUAUUUGCAAAUAUGGAGAGCACUACGUGCCUUCUUUUUCUUUAAUUGCAUGUAAACUACACUACAACUACCAUUUGAGGGAUAUCCUACAAGUGGGUAGUUGAAAUACCACUGUGAGCUGGUUAUAGCUCUGAAAAACGUGAGUUGUCAAUUUUUAGUUCUACGUUGUCUGUAGUACAUAUACUUACAAUACUGCACUAUUGGUCUCCUAUUCUCUCUUUUGCAUAUGCCAUUGAUGUGUGAUACCACUCCGGAGACAUCUUAUUGAACAUUUGAAGACUUUUAAAACCUCAAAAGGACAUUUUUAUCUUUUACUUGGUACCUUUUUUGAUUACUUACCACAAUAUUGUAUUUAUUUUGGCGCUACCUGUAUCCUUUGUCCUGUUUGUUCGAUUUAUUCUUGAUGGUUUUGAGGGUUACUUUCCUAUUCAGGUGUGCAGCCCCUUGUGAUCAGUUAUUGUAGCGCUGUUCCAUCUUUGCUUUUUGUGUUCGGUAACAUAUAUCAGUUGUAUGAGCAGGACCAUUAUUACCAUUGUCAUUGUUAGAUGUAUUAUAUAUGUCGUGAUAAUAUGUUUAUAUCCAUACAAAUUAGUUGUAUGAUACGUAGGACACAAAGUGCUUCUCACAGACAGUUUUAUAUGUAUGCAUUAUCUUACAUUCAUUUCUUUAUAAUUAAAUAAUAUAUCAGUUGAAAAAAAAUCAAGUUACAUUUUUCACACAUCACUGAUGCUGAUUAUUGUCCAAAGAAAGAUGAAAUAAACUCAACUUUUGUGCAACAAAAUGGGAAACGUUCCUUCUUAACUCCAAAGUGAAAGUCAGGUUUAUUACAGGAUCAACAAAAUGCAAGUGCUAUUAUAGCCUGAAAUAUCUUGCUUUGCAAAACAAAACAAAAAACACCCAGACAAUUUUUUUCAAUACUGAAUCUGAUGAAAUAGUCUGAGUGUUAACCAAAGACUGCAGUUAUCAUCAUUUGUGUGCCUUGUUUGUAUGUCUCUGUGUGUAUAUUUCUACAUACAGUAUCACUCAUACUAAUUAACUUUUGUUAGUGUUUAUUUUCCUUCGUUUCAAAAGGUAAAUGUAUUCUUCAUUUCAGAGAGCCUGUGAAUUCUACAUAACUGUCCAUUACUUCACUAUGAUACCAAUGGAGACAAAUAGUGUGGACUUAUUGAACUGGUAAGUGAUUGCUAUUUGUGGGUCUAUUUAUGGGUCAGAAAGGACAGAGUUGUCUGUUCUAAUUUUAAUCCGGAAUAUAGGAUACAAAGAAAAUUCAUUGAUAUAAUUAUUGCGUGUCCUACGUAUGUAAUAGCAUUAAUCAGUGCAAUAUAUUUAUAUGUUUUAUUCUUUUAUAUCAAUGUAACAAAACUCACAGCUGUAUUCAACUAGAGUGUGUGUUGUGAGUAUAAUUUAAGUUGCAAACCUGUGAAAAAAUACUUGCUACUGGUUCCACAGCUCCUAUAUGAAAAGCAUAUGUUGUCUUUGUAGAAGUAAUCUGUAGCUGGUUGCAUGUUCUAAUUGGUUUCAGUGAAGAAUAGCAUAUUAUCUAUGUCAUCUUGUAGGAGCCACCCUCUAAAACCCUGAAGUGAUAUUACACAACUGUAACAUAUUGGCAAAACCACAACAGACUGAUAUUUAUAUGGCCUAGAAAGGACAUAUUCUCACGUGUCAUGCUCUUGUCUUGACCAGUUCUGCUUGCAUCUGUUCGCAAAGAGACUGACCACAUGCAGAUUAGCAACUUGCUGGUAAAGAACAGAAACACUUGAUGUGGAAGUUUCACUGUAGCACCCACACCCAAAAAAGGUUUACCCUGAGCAUGCGUACUUCACCCUGCGAUUGGUCUUUUUUUGGGGGGUUGGGUGGUUAGCAGCAGCUGGCCAUGUGUUGCAGUUGGGCUGGAAACCAGCUGCUAAGUCGAAUAGUGGGAGCUGUUAGCUACUGCUUUCUUAUUUUUAUUGUUGCACCACUCUACACAGUGCAAAAUAUACCUAAUAAAGGCAUGCAUUUAUAUGUAUAGUUGUCUUUUGAAUAAAAUAACCUUUGUUGUUGUGACAGCAACAUGGACCCUGGUGUGCAUAAGAAGAUCAAAGAACUGUGGCAGUAAGUUUUUAUAUGUUUCAUAUCUUCAUUAUGGUCACUGGCCUAUUUUCAUAAUAGUUAUAUUGAGGCAUUCUACAGUAUUUGCCAAAAGGUUUAUGUCAAUGUAUGCAAGUAUAUAUUUUUUCUAUGUUCCAAUGAAUCGUUAACUUGUAGACAUGUCAUUUUCAUGUGUGUUCCAUUGAACUAAAGGAAAACAAAACAAUUUUUGUUUCAGAAACUACAUGGCUGAACUUGCUGUAAAGGAGUGCUCACAAGGUAUUGUGAAUAUAUACUAAUGAAUUUAAUAUUGUUUGACCCGUUUAGCAACUGAAGUAGACAGCAGCAUAAGUGGCAAUAUCUUGACAGCAAAUUGCAGAAAUACCUCUUUCUUAUUCAAUUCUGCACAGAAACAAUACCCACUGAUAUUUUCUCCAGGUUUUUAUACAACCUCCUUUACUGUGUUUUAUAAGUUCCUGAAUUUUCUAUGCAUGUCUGAUUGCAAGCAAUUAAAGGGACUAUAGUCAUGGGCGUCCGUAGGAAUUUUUCCGGGGGGGGCAUAAUUGUAAUGACAUCCAUGCUUGGUACCUUUUUGACAGUGUCAUGAAAAGGAAGGGGCAUAGCCAUUAUUACAGAAAGCCAGGGUGAAUCGCGUUUUCACAACUAUGGUGUCAGGAAUAUAUGUAUGUAUUCCUGACACUAUAGUGUUCCUUUAAGCAAAUUAAAGGACAUUUCUGGUCACCAUAACAACUUCACCUAAAUGAAAAUGCUAUGAUGCCAGGAAGCCCCUGGGUGCUCGCUUUCCUUUAAGGGGUUAAAUCGCUCUCAAAUGGUUUAACCCCAAAGGCUUCCUCCAGCUCCAGGUCGCUCAGUGGUAUUUGGCUUCUGAAACAGAGUGUCAGGAAGUGCAGAUUGACGUCAGGCAUGGGUGCCGCUGAUUGGCUAGAGUGGUCAGUUGACGCUCUAAGCCAAUUGCUAGUUCCCGGUUCAUAAAAUAUUUUUACUUUUUUUAUGAAUGGGGAGCUACUGAUUGGCUUAGAGUGCCAGCUGACCGCUCUAGCCAAUCAGCAACACCCCUACCCAACGGCACUCUGUGCUUUCUGACACUCAGUGUUUUCUAUCCUUGGCCCCUUCUGCUCUUUUACCUUUCUGCUACUUUCUGCUUAUUUUGCGCCCUUCUGCUCCUUUCUCAUUCUGAUCCCUUUCUGCUCCUUGCAGACCCUUUCUGCUCCCUUUUAUACUUUACCUUUGUGCUCCUUGCUGUCCCUUUCUGCUCCUUUACCUUUGUGCUCCUUGCUGUCCCUUUGUGCUCCUUCCUGCUCCUUGCAGGCCCUUCCUGCUCAUUCUCCUACUUUAUGUUUGUGCUCCUUCUGCCCCUUCCAGCUCAUUUCUGACCCUUUCUGCUCCUUCUACUUUACCUUUGUGCUGCUUUACCUUCCAGCUCCUUGCUGACCCUUCCUGUUCAUUUCUAUAUAUCUAUAGGCUGCUGCCCCCCCAAAUCUAUGGGCUGCUGCCCCCCUCCCCAAAUCUAUGGGCUGCUGCCCCCCCCAAAUCUAUGGGCUGCUGCCCCCAAAUCUAAAGGCUGCUGCCCCCCCAAAUCUAUGGGCUGCUGCCCCCAAAUCUAUAGGCUGCUGCCCCCCUCCCCAAAUCUAUGGGCUGCUGCCCCCCCCCCAAAUCUAUGGGCUGCUGCCCCCCCUAAAUCUAUGGGCUGCUGCCCCCAAAUCUAUUUGCUGCUGCCCCCUCUCAAACCCUCCCCCCACUUACCUGAUCUGUAGGCUGUCUCUGGCUGCAUGUGUUGUUCCCCUGCGGUUUCAAUCAGCAGAGAGAAGCAGGGAUAAGAUGCAGCUUCCUAUCCCUGUCUCUCUCCAUACACAAGUGCCCCCCCUUGCAGGAGGCCCCUGCGGACGCCCAUGACUAUAGUCAUAAAACAACUUUAGCUUAAUGAAUCCGUUUUGGUGUAUAGAUCAUGCCCCUGCAGUCUCACGGCUCAAUUCUCUGCCCUAGUCACACCUCCCUGCAUGUGACUUAUGCAGACUUUCUAAACACUUCCUGAAAAGUGUAGUCUAAAGUUUUCACUUCCUUUAUUGCAAAUUUUGUUUAAUUUAGAAUUUAUUCUCUUCUGCUCUGUUUAUAGCUCGUUACCUCUGCAGGAGCCUCCUGCAUGUAAUUAAAGUUUAUUUUACAGAGCAGGAGAUAAAAACUUCUAACGUAAGUUACAUCAGAUUGAAAAUGAAACUAUUUUGUUUUCAUGCAGGCUGUGUCAGUCACAGCAAAGGGAGGUGUGGUUAGAGCUUCAUAAACAGAAACAAAAGUGAUUUAACUCCUAAAUGGCAGUGAAUUGAGAAGUGAAACUUCAGAGACUUGAUCUAUACACAAAAUCUGCUUCAUUAGGCUAAAGCUGUUUUGGUGACUAUAGUGUCCCUUUAAAUUGUUUACAGAAAUGCUUACACGUCAGCAUAAUAUAUGUAAAGCAGUGUUUUACUUUUUUCUGCUAAAUGAGUAGCUCUGGUUACAGGUAAUGCCUGUAACUACCAGCAAGAAAUACCUAAAUUCCUGGCAAGAGCCUUCUUUAGAUGUGUAAGGUUAUACAAGUCUGUACGGCUAUGCAAACCUGAAUUCAUUGGUAAGAAAGGUUUUACAAACAAACCAGUUACCAGCUGUUUAGUACUAAAUUCCACUAAAUUCCUAAGGCACUUUAGAAUAAGCAUAAGAAUGUCACUUAUCAAUACUGGGAAUCUCUUCUGUAAAUAGUAAUUUAAAUAUGUACUAAAAAAGAGCAGGGGAUCUCUUUAGGAAUUAUCGUAUCUUGCAUUCAGAAAUCAUAACCAGUAAAAAGCUGCUAAAAGCAUAAGAUGCUUACUUUGUCCCCAGCAAGUCCUCAUUUAGUAAGGAAUGUUUAAUUCAAUAUAAUUGAUAACAGUAAAAAAAAAAAAAAAACUGUACAAAUUUUAAAAAGUACCACUACAAGAGAUAAGUAGUUUCGGGGGAAGGUUAAAAUGCACUAAAUUGUAGUGCAACAUCUGUGAUGGCACAAGGAUGACAGUUAACCCAUUUAGUGAUACUUCUAUUCUUUGCACGAUUCCGAGUUCCAGAAGAAAAACGCAACUUAUCAUUUUUGGUAGGAGAUAAGAUAAAUAAAAGAUCCAGCUUGUUGCAUUGAGGUUAUAGAGGGAAAUAAGGUUGAGAUGGGCAAAAGAAUAAGGGUAGGUGGUGUAAGGUGAAUGAGGCUGGAAAAGCAAACAAAAAAACUAAGCAAAACAAAGGAUAAAAAGGCUUGGAGGAGAUGAAUCAAGGAGUGUGGCACGAAGUAUAAAUUGAGAUCCAGGAGGUGAAUCAUUGAUGGGAUAUGCCAAGUGGGUGCACUGGGGGAAUUGUACAGGCAAUUGAUAGAAACUAUAUUUUAUACAUUACCUGUCGUGCAGCGGAAUUUGGGAUAUCCUGUGGGAAGAAGGCAGGAGAUACUGAUUGAGUGACAUAGAGGACUGGAGAAAAGUGGAGAUCCACUCUUGUGGCUGCAGGUGUAGCAAAAUAUAAAUGUGGAUAGAAGGCAUUUUACUUUUAUGUUGUAAUUUGUGUGGAAGAUGUUUCCUGUUUGUUUGGCUUCAGGGGUGGGAGUUUUGGUGGGCAGAAUCCUGUCCCUGGAGCCAGACAGCAACAGGUCUUGGGUAGCACUGUUGAAAGGAUAUGAAUACUAGCACUAUUAUAGAGGUUGAGUGAAAUUUGCUUAGUGUAAUGUUUGUGUAUUUGUUUUGUCUUAUUUUUACUCUGAUAGAUGUGUCUCUUACUCAGCUUCUCAAUAUUGCUAAUGAAGACAAACUUAAUGCUUUGAAAUCUCUUGCUGAGGAGUGUCUCGAUCUGGGCAAAACCAACCAAGAAACUCAACAGGCAAUAACAAAAUGGGGCACAGAGAGCUUUAAGAACAAGGUAAGACAUAUAGAGAAUGGACAGAUAUCCAUGCACAUGCAUGUACAGAAACCUUAUGUUUGGUCAUAUUUAGAAGGAUCUAGCUUGAUUAAAAAAAAAAAAUUAAAAAAAAAUAAAUUGGGGAAAUGAUCAUCUUUACCCGAACUGCUUGCCAGAAUGGAACACUUUUUGCAAUCCUGAUGAGCAGGUGCAGCUCACAAUCCUGUUAGGUCGUGUAGUACAAUAUGCAUGUGUGCCAUAAUUUAAUAGUGCACUCAGAGUGUUGGCUUAUUUAUCCUAAGCAUAUAUUUUAAAGUCUUCGGUGUAGAUGGUUGAUUAAUAUUAGGGUAGCAAUAUGGCAUUGAUGUGUAAUCUGAAAUUAAGGAUUUCCACACUGGAUGGUGUCAUUUAAACCAUACAUUACAGAGAACACUGAACUAAUGAUGUCACACUUUGUGCACUGCGAGUAUUGAAAACAUGAUCUAUAACAUUGGGGUUUUUUGUCAUUAAAACUCACUAUUUUCUCUCUUAGAAUUACAUUUUUUCUUCCUGUCUCACUCUUAGGACAAUAGUAAUAGAUUUACCGUCUCUAUGAAUGACCUUCUUAUUCCACCAAAUGAGGAAGAUGCAUUGAAUCAAAUGAAAGGUAAAGUAUGUAACACAAAAAUACAAAGGCCAUACUAUUAUUAUUCCAUACCUACUUUUUUUUAAUCUGUCGUUGUGUGUACAUGAAUUGACAGAUCAUAAUAAUAUAAACUUGUAGCAAUCGUAAACCUAGUGCAGUCAGUGAGCUUUUAUAGACCUUCUUCAAGUGUAGAAUACAAAAUUAGGGAUAGUGCAUCUGUGAGCAUCUUUACAAAAGAGAAAAGAAGGGGAAAAGGACUGGAGCCUAUGGUUGCAAAACCUCCUAGGUGGGGGAUAACCCCUGGAUAAAUAUACAAAAAGGAAAGGAAAGUUGGAGGAUGCAAUAUCUGGCUAAUUGGAAUGGAAUACUAAAUGGUGCUUUAACCUAUAAUAAAACAUAACAUUUAAUAAGGCAAAAUAAAAAGUCCAGCUAAUAAGGACUAGACAAAACAAAAAUUGCCAACAAAAAAGAAAUAAAACAAAUUUGGGCUAUUACAGCCAUUGCAUUACACCUCUUUGUAACUUUGUAAUGUGUAUUUCUAUAUGUGUCUUAGUGUAAUAUAGUACUAUAUAUAUACUAUAUAUACUUAUUGUAAUAUAGUACAAUAUAGUACUAUAUUACAAUAAGACACAUAUAGAAAUACACAUUACAAAGUUACAAAGAAGUGUAAUGCUAUGGCUGUAAUUGCCCAAAUUUGUUUUAUUUAUUUUUUGUUGGCAAUUUUUGUUUUGUCUAGUCCUUAUUAGCUGGACUUUUUAUUUUGACUUAUUAAAUGUUAUGUUUUAUUAUAGGUUAAAGCACCAUUUAGUAUUCCAUUCCCAUUAGCCUGAUGUUGCAUCCUCCAACUUUCCUUUCCUUUUUGUAUAUCUGUGAGCAUCUGCCCAAAGGUGUCAAGUAUAUUUAAAGAAAAUAAAAACUACCACAAUAAGAGAAUAUAUUUUAAAUUAGAGGGGUAAAGGUUUAAAAAUAAUAACAGGAAGUAUUAAUUAACUGAGAGGGUAGUGGAUGCAUGGAAUAGCCUUCCAGUUGGUGUGGUAGAGCUUAACACCGUGAGGGAGUUUAAGCAUGCAUGGGAUAGGCAUAAGGAUAUCAUAGAUAUCAGAUAAGGCAAGAGACUAAUGAAAGUAUUUCGAAGAUUGGGCAGACUAUAUGGGGAAAAUGGUUCUUAUCUGCCAUCACAUUCUAUGUUUCAAUCAGUCAAUCAGUUUGGCUAGAAAGUCAUCACAGGCCUUGAAUUAGGGCAUUGUUAGGCAACCUUUUAGCUUCACUGUGCCAAAAGAAGGUUUUGAAGUCCCUUGGUGAGCUGAUCCUAUUUUUUUUUAUGUGUGUAUGGUGCUGUAUUCUGACUGUGUUAUCUAUGGGUGCUGUGGCUACGUUAAGGGGUUGUGUUUGCGCGCAUGGUGUGUGUUAUUGUGCAUGUGCCGUUUGUUCUAUUGUGUGUGAAAUGUAUGUAUAUGGAUUGUGUAUGGGGGCUGCUUGUGUGUGUGUGAGCUGUAUGUGUUGUAUUUAGUGUGGUGUUGUGCUUACGUGUGUGGGAUGCAUGUGUAGUUUUGUGUGUGCAUACGGACUGACAGAUUUGUUUUUGGGGGUAGGCUGGUGGGGCUCCAUUUAAAGCUGUGUAUGUGUGUGUGGACUGUUUGUAGUAUUUGCUUGUUAGUGAGGCUUCAUUUUGUGCUGUGUGUGUGUAUAUAUAUGUGUAUAUAUGUAUAUAUAUAUAUGAAUAUAUAAAGCUCUACGGAAUCUGUUGGCGCUAUAUAAAUGGCAUUCUAGACAAAUACACACAGAUACAUCACUAUUUCUUUACAAUCCCAGUUGCAAUCACAUUACUUGGAUUGGCCACUGGAGGCAGUCGUAGGGCUGCAAUGUAAAAAUUGCAGUUUCUCAUAAACCGCAAUAUUUUGCAUUGCAGGACUAAGGGGGACAAGGGCAGUGCACCUAGAUGAAAAGAAGUAGUUUGGGUGCCUAUAGCAUCCCUUUAGGCCAAAGUUGUUUUAAUGCCUAUAAUAUCCCUUUAAACUGUCUGCAAGUCAGUUAAUAACAUAAUUACAUGUAUAAUUCUGCCACAUAUAAAAUAAAUAUAUAUAUAUAUACACACACACUUUAAAAUGCUUCAAAAUAUGUUUGUGGUGACAUUAGAUUGUAUUGUUUAACAUGAUAUGUGUUGUGUAUGCAGGUGCUAUUUCAGUACACAUAUGUCUAUUUUCAGAGUUCACGAAUGCAAUUGAUGUAACAAGUGACCCUGAAGAUUCCAUAGAUGAAGUUCACACCAGUGGUGAAAGUUGUAAGUUUUUUUACCUUAUGUUUAAAACUUGUCUCAGUGGUAUAGCAUAGCACCAUAUUUAGGCAACUGGCUUUAGUAGAUUUCCCUAAUGUACCAUCCUCGCGAGGCUAACUCAUAGCGACACGGUACACAUAAUUACCAACACAUCUUUAGUUAACACCUUAAACAUUAUAUAUCAUGUUACAUUUUUCUAAUGCUCUUAUGUCCACAUAAUCAGAAUAGUUUGUCUUUUUGUUUGUUAUUUUGAGAUUUAUAUUUUUGGAGAUUUGUAAUGUUUGCGUCUUUGUCCCAAGAGCAUUGUUAUUCAUGGACAUAGGACAAAUCAAACCACUUUUACUUGACUGGAAACUUGAAAUGUCACUGGCCAGAUAUGUUCUGACCUUUUUAUCAGUGAACAUUGAAACCAAUGACUUUAUGAUCUUAAGAUCUAUGUAAUAGAGCAGCUGGAAAUGCUAGCAGAAUGCUUGGUUGUAUAGGGAGAGGUAUUAGCAGCAGAAAGAGGGAAGUGCUCAUGCCAUUGUUCACAACACUGGUGAGACCUCACUUGGAGUAUUGUAUGCAGUACAGUAUCUCCAGAAGGAUAUUGAUGCUUUAGAGAGAGUUCAGAGAAGGGAUACUAGACUGGUUCAUGGAUUUCAGUAUUAAACUUACAAGGAAAGGUUAAAGGAACUUAACAUGUAUAGCUUGGAGGAAAGACGAGACAGGGGGCAUAUGAUAGAAACAUUUAAAUACAUAAAUGGAAUUAACACAGUAAAGGAGGAGACUAUAUUUAAAAGAAUGAGAACUACCACAACAAGAGGACAUAGUCUUAAAUAAGAGGUGCAAAGAUAAUUUCAGGAAGUAUUACUUUGCUGAGAGGGUAGUGGAUGCAUGGAAUGGCCUUCCAGCUGAAGUGGUAGAGGUUAACACAGUGAGGGAGUUUAAGCAUGCGUGGGAUAGGCAUAAGGCUAUCCUAGACUUAAAAUAAGGCCAGGGACUAAUUAAAAGUAUUUUGAAAUAUUGGGCAGACUAGAUGGUUCUUAUCUGCUGUCACAUUCUAUGUUUCUAUGUUUAAUAGAACAAUUAGUAAUGGUCAGUGAUUUUAGUAGACUUUGAUUGGUAAAUCUUUGUAUUUAGGUAGUACAGGUUUUUGCAGCCUGUUACUAAAGCUUCAAACCAUUAAUCAGACCAACCAAGUAUUUAAUGAUAAUAUAAUCCAAAAUUACAAAGUAAACAUAUUGUUUUGCAUUCUUAUUUGUUCUCAGAAUGCUUUGUUGUGGAUACUUGUUUUGGAUUUGAACUUUUUCAAAACACAUUGUUACAGGACUGCCAGCACUGGGGACCCAGUAUGAUCACUUGUGUAUAUUUACUAUACUUAGAUGUUUCCAAGCUACAGGUUGCUAGGCAGUUCAAAAUAUGCACACUGAUGCUGAAUAUUUUAAGACUUAAUGCUACCUGUACUGUUUAACCCGUUAACGCCGUUACGGCGUUGUAUGCCGUCCCGCAUUAAGUGGGCUUUAAAGCCGCUGCGGCGGCAUAGAACGCCGUAACGGCUUUGAGCCCCUGGAGGUCCACGGUACUCACCUCCGCCGCGAUCCUCUUCUGGAGGGCUGCCUGACAGCCCUCCCCCGGGGACCAUGUGAUCGCUCUCAAAUAGCUGGCUGUGGAUCUGCCAGCAGGGGAACUGUCUGAAAUGUCAGACAGUCCCCCUGCUGGUGGGAAGUGUAAAAAAAAAUUAAACAUGUUUUAAAAUAAAAUAGAAAUGUAUGUAUAUAUAUAUAUAUAUGUGUGUGUGUGUGUGUGUAUAUAUAUGUGACGUCAUGCAAAGUGUAUUUUAAUAUUAAUAUAAGUACAUAUAUUAGUAUUAAAAUACACUUAGAAUGCUGUUACAUAUAUAUAAUAGAUAUAUACACAUAUACGUAUAAUUACAAUAAUAAAUAAAUAAAAUAUUGAAGCAAAAUUUUAUAUAAAUUAUAUUCAUAUGUAGUUUCAUUCUAACUGUAUUGUUAUAUAUAUAUGUAACAAAAUACACUUAGAAUGACAUUCUAUAUAUAUCUAUAUAUAAAAUACAAAUAAUUGCAAAUAUUAUAUAUAUAUAUAUAUAUAUAUAUAUAUAGAUAAAUACAUAUAAUUACAUAAAAGAUUACAUUAGUAUACAUGUAGAAUUUAAAUACCUAUAAAUGCAUAUAUAUUAAAAUUCUACAUGUAUAUUUAAGUAAUCUUUUAACAUAAUUAUGUGAUUUGAUUAAUUAAAAUUUGAUUGACAUGUCUAACAACACAGGGAGAAAGUGCAGAGAAUUUAAUUUGCAAGCACUUUAUUUGACCCUGUAACUCUCCAAGACACCAUAAAACCUGUACAUAGGGGAUACUGUUUUACUCAGGAGACUUCGCUGAACUCAAAUAUUAGUGUUUCAAACUGGUAAAUUGUAUUACAACGAUGAUAUUUUAAGUAAAAGUGACGUUUUUUGCAUUUUUUACAAACGAACGGCACUUUUAUGGACUAUAUUAUUGUUGUAAUAUUUUUUACUGUUUUAAAACACUAAUAUUAGUGUUUAGUGAAGUCACCCAAGAAUAACAGUACCCCCCAUGUACAGGUUUUAUGGUGUUUUGGAAAGUUAGAGAGUCACAUAUAAGGCUUGCAUUUCAUUUUUUUGACAUUGAAAUUUGCCAGAUUGGUUAUGUUGCCUUUGAGAGCGUAUGGUAGCCCAGGAAUGAGAAUUACCCCCAUGAUGGCAUACCAUUUGCAAAAUUAGACAACCCAAGGUAUUGCAAGUGGGGUAUGUCCAGUCUUUCUUAGUAGCCACUUAGUCACAAACACUGGCCAAAUAUUAGUUUUUUUGCUUUUUUUCACACAAAAACAACUAUGAAUGCUAAGUUUGGCCAGUGACUAAGUGGCUACUAAAAAAGACUAAACAUACCCCACUUUCAAUACCUUGGGUUGUCUACUUUUUCAAAUGGUAUGCCAUUAUUUGGUAAUUCUCAUUCCUGGGCUACCACACCAUCUCAAAGGUAACAUUACUAAUCUAGCAAAUUUCAAUUUGAAAAUGGAACGUUCUAUAUUUGACCCUGUAACUUUCCAAAACACCAUAAAACCUGUUAAUGGGGGGUACUGUUGUACUCGUGAGACAUCGCUGAUUACAAAAUAUGUGCAUUUUUUUGCAGUAAAACCUAACAGUAUUAUGACAUUCAGAGCUAAAAUGUCAGACGGAAAUACAAAUUUUAAAAAAAAAUCUUAUUUUCUCUUUUUUUUUUUUUAAUUUUAUUCAUAAUAAAUUAUGUUCCAUAUAUGAAUAGUUAAUGAUAAAUUAAAGCCCCGUUUCUCCUGAACAAAAUGAUAUAUAAUAAGUGUGAGGGCACUUAAUGUGACAGCGGUGAAUUAUGGUUGAACAGACAAAUAGCGCAAAUUCCAGUUUUUGUUGACGUUUUGUUUUGAUCAGAACGUGCACUAUUGACUCCGUCCUGAAGGGGUUAAUUUCACAAUGCUGUUUAUAUUCUAUCUUAGUUCACCACAUCCAAUGUUCUAGGGCAGGUACUGGAAAAUACAGUUUACCUUUUGUGCAAAGUAUUUUGCUACCUGUAAUACCCAUCUGUAAGUGAUGUUUUAGCUCCUUUGAUUAACUCCAAUAUAUGUGGAAUCUGUACAUAUUUUCUGUUAAGAGUUAUUAUAUUGGUUCUUCAAAAGCAUGACGUAUAUGUGCAGGUGUAUUGGUGGUGCACAAAUCACUUGAAGGCAGAAUUACUAAACAGGGGCAGCUUGUUAUUAUUGCUAGGCAAAGAUAAAGAUUUUUUUAUUUUUUAUUAUUCUUUAUUUUCGGCUGUGCAGAUGGUUACUAGAUUUCAACGGACGCCACAACAGCGUAUUUCAAGCUUCAUAAAAGAUAAACCGUGGCAUGAUAAUGCGCACAUUUUUAUGUUUUGCAUGCUUAACUAAACUGUUGUUACGUCAGAGUAGGUUUAAAUAAGAUUAAGUAAGAUAAAGAUGCUAGAUGCUUAACAUUGCUAGUUCGCCUAUGCUAGAAUAGAUAUAGUGCAAGCAUGUUUUGUAGCAGAGCAGUAUCUAGUUAUGAAAUAGUGCAUAGAAACGUUAUUCCAUUGGUAUUUAGGUCAUGAGGCAUCUUAUUAUAAUUAACAUUGCUAAAACUUGCCUAUAUUAUACAUUAACAUCACUAUUCUUUCUAGACAUGAUUGCCCUGUGGCUAGUGAUGUCCCGAAUGGUUCGCCGCCGACGGUGAACAUAUGCGCUGUUCGGUCCGCCCCCUAUUCGUCAUCAUUGAGUAAACUUUGACCCUGUACCUCACAGUCAGCAGACACAUUCCAGCCAAUCAGCAGCAGACCCUCCCUCCCAGACCAUCCCACCUCCUGGACAGCUCACUAAGAAUGCAGAUUCACAAUGAAUGUAAAAUGGAUGCUGUCCAGGAGGUGGAAGGGUCUGGGAGGGAGGGUCUGCUGCUGAUUGGCUGGAAUGUGUCUGCUGACUGUGAGGUACAGGGUCAAAGUUUACUCAAUGAUGACAUAGGGGGCGGACCGAACAGCGCAUAUGUUCGCCGUUCGGGACAUCACUACCUGUGGCACAUUGCUAUGUCCAGCCUAGCACUCAAAGUAGCAUUCUUACGCAGUCCAAGCAAGGUUAUUAACUUCUUUAUCAAUUUUCAGUGUCCAUAGGACCAUCAGGAACGUUUUUUCAUCAGUGUUAGUGUUAUUACCACCAGUCCAUGAGGACGUAUGAGUAUGGUCCAAUUGUGGCUUGAGUUAUGCUUCAGGGUCCUGGUACUCAGCUGGAUCGUGUGCUCUAAACAAUCCAGGAAUCAUUCACCCGUGUGAAGCAGUGUGGUAGGCACUUCAUCCUAUGCCCCGCGCUGUUAGGAUCCGCAGGCUGUUGCUAUUCUUCUUGUCAUAGCGAUCACAGGGCCCGGUGUCUCCAUUUCGGGGUUGAGCUCCAGGACGUCUCUUCGUGGUGUGCAGUUUCCCCUUCACUUGUAUUGCAGUAUUGGUUGAGGAGUGUCGCUUGGUGCUGGUAGCCGGGAUUUAGGUCAGGUAUUUUAGUAGUGUGUGUCAUUGUUGGAUUGGAGAUCUCGGCUUUGCUUGUGGGUGGGUGAGAGCGUGUGUCCGAGAGGCCUGGCGCCGGGUCCCGUCUCGAUGCCCUUCCAUAUCUAUUUUGCCUGACUGCCAUCUUGGAUGCUUGGGGUACCUGUAUGUAGUGCCUGCGUCGCGCUGUUGGUCACAACCAUGAAGCCACCUUCCGGUCAGCUUGGCGGUGAGUUGCUCCCCGGUUUCGCAGCGCAGGUCCAGUCAAAUAUUGUCAUGUUUGCUCGGCUCAGGUUGGUCGACCAUUUUGGCUGUACCUCUUCGGUCUGUUGCCCUGCCAUUUCUCAUGGUUGGUGUGGUCUUGUUCCAUGCUGGUCCGUAUGUGCUUCGGAGUCCGGGAUGUCCCCCACCGGUCCAUGGGGGGGGGUAUGCUGAGGUGUAGUAGAUAGUGGGUUCUUGCACCAAGGGAAGCGGCCGCCUCCCCCCUGCUUCAGCCCCAGUAGUCCGCAUGUGGAACUCCGCUUUCCCCGCGACGACAGGCACCGGGGUGAAGUCGGUAUACACACAACCCAUGGGGCCCCGGUGCGAAAACUGAUCCGUGGCCCCCCCCCCCACACCCCCGGGCAGACCGGGGCCGCAACACAUGGUGGCGGGCACCUGGUCGCAGGGAUGCAACCCCCUGCGACCGCGGCAUGUACCCCAGUGCAUGCAGAUACACAUACACUUAAAGGACCACUACAGACACCCAGAUCACAUCAGCUCAAUGAAGUGGUCUGGGUGCCAGGUCCCUCUAGUUUUAACCCUGUAGCAGAAAACAUAGCCGUUUCAGAGAAACGGCUAUGUUUCACUGAGGGUUAAUACAGCCUCUCAUUGACAGCUGCUAGAGGAGCUUCCACUAUUCUAACUGUGAAAAUCACAGUGAGAAGACGCUGAACGUCCAUAGGAAAGCAUUGAGUAAUGCUUUCCUAUGGGCGGUUUGAAUGCGCGCGCGGCUCUUGGAGGGGAGGGAUCCCUAGCGCCAAGGGAGUCCGGCGCAGGAGAAAGGUAAGUGCUGAAGACACACACUCUCACGAACAGACGUAUACACUAGCUAACAGACACACACAUUUACUGUCACACACACUCACUGACAGACACACACAUACACACUUACUGACAGACACACACAUACACACUCACUUACAAGACACGACUCACUAACACACACAGUAACACACACUGACACAAAAACUAACACUAAUACACACACACACUAACACAAAAACUAACACACACUAAAACAAACUUUUUUUUUUUUUUUUUAAAUGUCAUCCCCCAGCCUCCCUACCUUAGGGAGUGCUGAGGGGAUUCCCUGGGGUCCAUUGGGGCUGCCCGGCGGUCGGUCCUGCGGGCUGGCGGAGCACUCUCCCCUGAGGGCUUCCUCUUCUGCUCCCUCGUGCGCCGCGUACUGAUGCAGGAGCCGGAAGAUGACGUCAUGUUCCGGCCCCUGUCUCAGUACGCGGCGCGCAAGGGAGCUGAAGAGGAAGCACUCAGGGGAGAGUGCUCCCCCGCGCACCCGCCCGGUGACACCACCAAGGCCAGCCUCGGAGGUGGUCGGCUCCUGGGCCCCCCAUGAGCAGAGGCUGGCCACAGUGGGUACAUACCGGGUCGCAGGGCGGCCGGGCCCCCGGUAUGUACCCACUGGGUAUACUCAGUGGGGCACCCCCAACGUGGGUAGUGCACCUUCCGAUGCUUGUGGGCUUGUUGGCCGUCUGCACGGCUCGGCGGUCAAGCUCCGCCCCCCAAAGAGAGAGGUUUUUAAAAGGACACUAUAAGAAACCAAUCACAGCCUCACUUUUUACCUUAUUCUACUAAAAUUACAAAAGAGAAGAAAAUAAAACAAAGAAAGCAUAAAAAUAAAUAAUUAUAUAUACAAGAAAAAAAUAAAAAGGUUAAAAAAAAAAAAUAAUAAUAAUAAUAAGCUUGCCUCUCAACCCUUUUUCAAACAGCCAGUAGAAUUGUGUACACUUGUAAAGGGAAUUUACAAUUUUAGGCCACAAGAGGAAAACUAUUUUCCAGCCUAAACAUUUUUGCCUUAAAUUUGCAAUUCACAGGAUCUUCACACUUCCCAGUUAAUGGAAUAAAUCCCAGAAUAUUGCAAAAUAUAAACCUACACUCUAAACAUUGUUAAGCAGUUUUAUGAAAUACUACAUGUUUUAAUGCCAUUUGAAACUUGCUUUUGCAGCACUGCCAUACAGCACAGCAUUAUCGUCCGAGAAUGAGGAGCCGUACUGUGAUGUUCUAGAAACCCAAUUGGGUAAUCCAUGGAACAAGCUGCAGUCGCUUUGUGUUAGUCUAAGUUCAGGCUCUGGUAAGUAAGUAGAUGGAUACAUUGUUCUAUCGUAUCGACAAUACAUCUCUUCUUCAUUCAGUGAUUUCUUUAAAAAUUAAGAAAGAAAAAGGAGGGUUUAGGCAUAUACUUGUAACUGUUACGUCUCCUGGAUGCAGAACAUUUGAAAAGAUGCUUCUCUCUCCCACAUCCGCAGGCAAUACCACAAAAACCCCAUACAGGAUGCACAGCUACGUCAAGUAUAAAACAAUAGGGAAGAUUUCUUCUAAAAUGCUAUUUAUGGAGUUAAAUGUGGUUCAUUAACAGAGAAAAGUGCUCAUAGUGUAAAACUGCAAAAACAGACACACUUUAUUUCAUAAGCAAAAAAACAACACAUUUUAAAGGCACUGAUUAAUUUCUGUGCAACGUCGCUUUGUAAAAUAGAAAAGUAUGCAAUUCACCAGCCCACUAGUUGCUCCAAGGUGCUUUAUUUUUGAUCUGGUGUCCUCUAACGCAACCACAACUCAAUUUAUCACAUUCUGUGACUUCCUCAGGACUGCAACAGCUUCAUUUAAUUACAGUGGUUAUAGUGUUUGGAUUCCUCUGGAAUUGUUCUUCAAUUUACAGUAAAUCAUUUUUAAUGUUUUAAUGCUAAAUGAGAGUCGCCAGCAGCUCAUCCCCUCUGUGCUGCUUUGUUUAAUAGGAAAGUAUUAGCCUGAGCAACAACAGGCAGAUGUGACUGGCUGAGAGUGUCAGCUGACUUGUUGCAACAUAUCAAAUUGCAUAUUGCUUGUGUGAAUUGUAUGUGUAGAACAAAGUGUGUAGUUUUUGCCUUGACCAUAUCUCCAUUAGGAUCCAGCUGUGGGUGGCCAGGGACCAAUAUUUAAUGUUAAACUGCUCAAAAUUGGUUUAACACUGAAUUAAGGCACAGCGCCAGCAGACUCCAGGCACUCUACCAGUUCAAUGAAUUAAAGUGCUUGUAGUGCCUACAGUGUCUUCUUAAGUGCAUUUUAAAUGUGUGAUUGCUUUUUAUCCUUAAAUAAUUUCUGUUUAUGCAAUUUUACACUAUGAACACUAAAUAGCAUUUUAAAAAGAAAGCCUAGCUAUUGCUGUAGAUAUAACUAGGGCAGAGAUUACACAUUUCUUAAGUCAUACCAAUUCAUACCAGCAAUGGAUGGCUGUGAAAGGAUGAAAGCGGUCAGCCAGUCAGUGCCCAAGCAGUACAAAGGCGAUGGGCUACUAAGGACUUUUGAUUACCCUUAAACCAUCAAAAAUGGUUUAUCACUAAAUGGAAGGAUGACACUUGGGGACUCCAUACAUUAUAACAAUUAUAAUGAAAUUAAGCAUGUCCAGUGUCAUUUAUAGGCUUUCACAAUAGGCACUAUAGGCCAGUGGCAGAUCCAGAGUCUGAUUUUGGGAGGGGCACUUGUACAUUAUUUAAAGAAAUAAUCCAGACAAAAUAACCACUGCAGCUCGGUGUAGUGGUUAUGGUGUCAAUAGUGCCGGCAUCCCCUCCCAGAGUAAGUAGUCAAACCGUUUAAGAUCAGUUUGACAACUUACCUGAGGUCUGCUGGGAAAUGGGGCUGUAGUUGUCACGAUUCAUGGAACCUAACACGCUGGGGCACACACACACACACACACACACAGAAAAGGUGCCGUACUGGACCUUAGAGUGGCCGGGCUAAGCACGCUAAGAAUAGUCAGGAGACAAGCCAGGUAAAGGGAGCCAGAAAACAGGAGAACGAGAAACAAGCCGAGGUCAAAGGAGUGGAGAAGACAGAAUAAUCGGAAUAACGAGCCAAGUAAUCGGUAACCAGAGAGCAAGACGAGAACACUACGCUACAGGUAUCACAAGACCACAACAGGGCACUGAGGGACAGGAAAGGUAAGUAUAAAUACCCUUGGUUUAAUUCUGAUUGGAUAACUUCCAAUCAGAAUUAACAAUCACACGUGGGGGAUAUCUAUACCCCCCACUGUGAUUGUGGUACUGUUUCUUUAACGCCGGGUCACUCACGUGACCCCGGCGUUUACAUAAUUCAUUGACCUCCCAGCGUGCAGCGUUAUACAUGCUGCCGCUGGGGGGCGUGGAGGACGCGAGCGGCAGAGAGGAGACGCCGCUCGCCGAGAGGUAAGCAGAGGGGAGACCGCGGGCGGCGAUGGAGUGAGGGUGAGUGCUGCAAGCGGCGUGCAGCCUCCCCUCCUAGCCCUGACAGUAGUAGGGCAUAGAAGCAGUGGUGUGUGAGUGGUGCAAUGUGUAAGGGGUGCAGUGUGAGUGUGAAGGUUGCAGUGUGUGUAUGGGGGUAUAGGGGUAAUGUGUGUGUGUGAUUAUAAAUAAAGCUCCCUGAACCUUAUCACACAUACACUGCCCCCAUACAUACUAAUUAAAUUUAAAAAAAACAUAUAUUAUUUAAAAAAAAGCCCCCCUACAAUUCUUAUAGGUUUUUUUUUUUAAAUGUUUUAAUUAAAACAAAUAUACAUUAUAUCCCCUCUCCCUUCUUAUCUUUACUUGGAGGAGGGGGGACAUUUCUCGAUCCCUGGUGGUCCCAGUGGUAAGAGUGAACCGGAGAUCCGGAGUGUUGCCGUGGUAACUGCAGCAACGAUCCGUGCUCGCGAGAAAAGGACCCAGAGGAGCUCCCGGGUCCUCUCUCCCUCCUCUGCUGGCUGGACGCACGGUGCCUGCGCACCAGGGAGGGAGAUCUCUGAUUUCCCCUAUGGUUCGUGAAGGCACAUUGCAGGGCUGGCACUGGGACAAUGCCAGCCCUGCAUUAGCCAGCAGGAGAGAGGGAGACUCUCGGUUUUCUCGGAGGGGGCAAAUACCUCCGUUACACCAUGCUUUCACAAUUAUGAGAAGGACCAAAGUAUCCUUUGACUUUAAGCUGCAGUUUAAUGGGGUGAAGCUUCAUUUUCAUGGACCGAAAUGAUUGGGUGAACUGGAUAAGGAAAUUAACUGAACCGUGACAUUAGAAUCUAGGAUUGUUAUUUAUUGGUUUUUGCUUCUUUCACAUUGUCCAGAUAUGCAGUUUUUUGCUUUUCAAAUCUCCCUGCAGGCUGUAUUUUCAGUAUGCCACUAUUUCUUCCAUUCCACGUCCCCUUUUUUCUAAGGCCCACAGGCACAGACUUUGAUAAUUCCAGAUCACACAUUGCAUUUGCCCAGUAGAUGUCUUUGGCUAUAUUCUGACAAACAUUCCCUUACAGGAUAUAUUUUAUAGAUAAUGCAAAUCAUAUGUUGGUUGAUGAUCCUGAACACUAACAUAAUGCAUGUUACAAAUGUGGCCUUUUUUGCCACCAACCAAACCACAUUCUAUAUCUUUUAUAGUUACUGAUCCCACCCUGUCUUGAAUACCUUGUGUUUUUAAUGUACAGGUUGGAUGCACACUACCACAUAUUUACAGUAUAUAUUACCACAAUAGAUGCAUCCUUUCUAUAAUCAAAACUCUUGUGGAUCAUUGACAAACCUAUUUCUACAAACACUUGUUUAUUACAGUCUUUGUGCAGUGUGUUUUUUAUAUAAAUAUAAUUUUUUGUACAACUGUGACAUACUUGUGCUUCGAUGAAAAUGCAUGCAUAAUUAAAUUGAUAGAAAAAUUUAUCUCAGUAUAGUAUUGGCUAAGAUGUUAUUCAAAAUGUUAUAUUGGUUGCUUUAAAAACAAUUUUUAAAAAAAAAUUGUUUAAUUUUUUUUAAAUUUUUUUUUUAAAAGCUUCCCAGACCAAAGAAUCAUCACCAUUUGUCCCACAGAGCAGUGAGGAAGACAUUUUUGUAGACCCAGACAGCAGCACUCCCGACCUCUGUCUGCUACAUGUAGAUGAUCCUGCUGCCAAGGACGUACCUAAAAAUGUGGAUGAGAAUUCUCCACUUAUAUUUUCAGACAGUCUUACCGAUCAAGAUCCAUCAGAACAACAUGAUAAAAUACUGUGUAACAGCAUGAGCCUGUUGGAUGGUAACACCACUCUCAUGUGUGUACAAAAAAAACAUUCAAAUGUGCAAAGUAGCCCCAUCAGCCCAGUACGGCAACUCCGCUCUCCUCAAAGCCAGUUGUCUGAGAUCAAACAAGGCAAGAUGAAUUCAACUAUGUCACCUUGUAUAGAAUCUGAGGUCAGUCUUCGAAAAGUCAGAUGCCUUGUCUUUCCAACUGAAGUCAGAAGUGAAGACAGUGAAAGCAGAGGGGCGUUGUUUACAACCAGAUCACGAAAGGCCAUUAAGAGGAAACAGAUUUCAGAAGAUUCAGAUGUGACGUCUACUGAUUUUAAUAAAAUGAACAAUCAAUUAGAAUCUGCACAUAAAGAAGGACCAAACAAUAAAAAAGAUUGUGUAACUGUUAAAUCAACAGGAGAAAAGCAUACAUCAGUUAAUGAUAAAGAGAUUGAGAAUAAUAUGAAUGAAAGGACUAAUUUUGGAAUAGAACUGAAUUCUUAUUUUGAAAACGAGCUAGAGAAACAAGAACAGGUUGUUAGAAAGAUCAACAUAAGAAAGUCUAAAGAGUGCAUUAAUACUCUAGUCAAAAAGAAGCAGGAACCAUAUCUAUCCAGUUUUACAGCUAGAACCAUCCAUUGUUUGAACAAAGAUAGAGAAAAUGAAGUAGUGUCGACUGGAAGUAUAGCAUCAAACCAAAAUAACCAUGUUGGAGAAACUACUAAUGAAGAACGUACCAAGGCACAGGGCUGUAAAGUCAUGAAAACUACACCAGUCAUAGAUCCGAACACAAGCAAUGUGGUGAGCAUGUGUAUAACUGCGUUCUAUUCAAAAUGUUAUUUAUAAUUAAUUCUCAUGGUAGCAAAAGCAGGGGUUAUGAUUAGCUCUGUUGAGUAGAAAUUCACCUGUGUAGAGUGUGCCAUGGACCCUCGAGGCUUGCACUGGCUAGAAACAUUUUAAGAUCUGGAUAGUAGUAUAGAGCUUAAUAUUUUAAGCCCUGGCAUAAGACAUGUAUUAACAUUUUGUUCAUGAACAUCUAUUUGCUCUAUUAACCUCAUCACGUUUAAUUGAUGGUCAAACAGUUUACUGCUGACAUCAUAAAAUGCAGCAUUACAGGAAAUCAUGCUAUUAUCUAUGUAACAGAGGCACAGUAACAAAAUAAAGGUGAAAAAAAGUGUAAAACUACAAAGUAUUGCACUCUUUUCCACAAUAACAGUCCAUGUGACCAUAGGACUUAUUAUUCUACACUGACUGAUGUUUAGUUUUCGGCAUUAUGUCAAUAUAAGUUUGUAUAAAAUGUAGUAAUUAACUGUAAUAACAUGUCAUCCAACAAAAAAACUUUCUGUAAAUGUAAACUAUAUUGAAAAACAUUGGUUUUUAAAUUUGUCAUAAUACUAAUUGAGCAUUUAUUAGGCAGCACUACAUGUGGAGCAAUCACCAAAUCAAUCUUUAGAAUGUGCUGGCCGAUUGUUUGGAAUUUGGAAUAGCCUUCGUUUUACGUUGAUAUAAACAGUCUCGGUGAAAUAUCAACUUUUAUAUAGACUACUAUCAGGGGACUAAUUUAAUCCAUUUAAAUAAUAAAACAGAAACGUUGUUUUAUGGAUUAAGCAAAAUGUAGUUUGGCACAAUGGGGGUUAUGUAUAAAAAGUGUUGUGUUCUUUAAAAUAGUCUAAAGUGCUAAAAGUGGAAUAGUCACCAUGAAAACCAGUGGAAUCAACAGGCAUAUUUUAACAUAACCCACUAUAAACUCACAACUGCUGUGUUAUAUUGUUUUUUUUAAAUCUUUAUUUCAAAGAUAUAUUUCAUACAUAACACAAAUGAAAGAAAAAUAAUACAUUCUAGUAUGUAACCCAAAUAGCUGGAUUAUUCUUUACACAACAGCAUUUUAACCACAGCAGAAAACAGGUAAGUACAGUGUGAGUAAUUCAAUAUAUGAACUAGAAAUUUGUAACCAAACUUGUAGAAGUACCACAUUGGUCCCAUUAAAGAAAGGGAGACUUACAAUCUGAAAGGAGGGGAGCGGUAAUGCGGGGUGAGGGGGUGGGGAGGAUUCAGUGAUAGGUUCAGUGAUGUUCUCUGUGCGACCAAGCACCGAUAAUAUGAGUUCACCCCUACCCCCAUGUGAACCCUGCACUCGGAACAGUUGCCAUACACUAGGAAGAAAGUUAAGAAUCUCAUGGCUGGCUGGAAAUAUAGUUCAGUCAUUGGGCGUGCAUAGUUCAGAGCAGUCUUUUAAAGCUUUUGUCAUCUACUGCUGGAGGGUGGGUGCAGACGGCUGCCUCCACAGAGCUGGAAUAAAGGACUUUGCUGCAGUUAGCAGAUAUCUGGUUAGAGACUUCUUCUAUACAGAUAAUAGUAACUUAGUAUGACAUCGUAGCAUCACGAGGUGACAGAAAUGGAGGUCAGUUUUGGCUCAGUUAUUUUAGCAUUAUUCAUCUCUCACAAAGGGACAAUUUUGAGGUAUGAACACCAGAUGUGCAAACUGGAACCAACAUCCCCCAAAUCUACCACAAGCUUCAGGCACCCCUGAUAAAUUAUUUGCAAUACAUGUCAAGUAUUGUAACUUGUAAUUUAGUUCCUGAAACUUAGAACAGAUCGUACCUUGGUGAGUAUAAAUAUUUUCUUCCAUUGGUCUUCAGUGUGCAGAAAGUCAAGCUAGGUUUCCCAUCUUGCGACAAACUGCGGAUACACAUCUAGAACAGCAGUUGAUAUCAUGGAGUAAAGAGUAGAAAUACUACAGGUCAUAUGUCACCUUGUGGAGAACAAGCACUCUUGAAAGAGAUGCCUAGUAACUUUGGUAAUUGGAAAUACCGGAACCUCUCUAGGCUUAUGAGCAGGUGAACGGAAAUUAAAUCUUGGAGCAGUUUGAUAAAGUCAGAGGAAGAGAAUUUCUGCAGCUUUAGGAGAUUCACGGGAUACUUCAAUAUUGAUGGGUGCUUAACAUCAUUGAGUCAUACAGGGAGGACCAACUGUGUACGUUUUACCUUGCCACACCUGCCUUUCCAAACAGAAUUUAGAAUGAAAGAGGUAAGCAACUGGAAAGACACACAAGGUAUCCAAAAGGGGAUUGUCUGGAACAAGUACAAGAAUCUGGGAAGCAGGCUCAUCUUGACGGCAUUAAUCCUGCUGAACUAGAAGAUGUACUAUUCAGACUAACUCACCAUAUUGGACAAAAAUGUGCUCAGAAAAUUAUCCAGAUAAAACCAGUCCAAAUCUCUAGAUUUUCAGGUAUUUGAGGUGGUACUUGCACCACAAGAAAGGGAACUGGGCCUGAAGGUAUCCAGACAUUGUAGCUGGAAGAAAUAUGCUUACUACUUCUGUUUUGUCCAUGUUUAGCUUCAGGUUGGAUAAAUGUCUUGAAGGCAAUCAAGAGGUGCAGAAGAGAAACCGAGGACCUCUCGACAAAAAAAAGAGCAUGUCCUCUACAUAAGCUGUAAUGUUAUACUCCACUUAACCAUGUGAGAACCCUGUUAUGCUCUCAUUCUCUUGGAUCAUAUCUAGAAAAGAUUCUAGAGUGGUGGUAAACAGAAGGGGGAGAAUGGGGAAACCUUGUCUCAUACUUUUUGGAUCUUUAUUGGCUGGGAAAGUGUCCCAUUUAUCUGAAUAUGAACACUAGGGGUCAAUAUAGGGCAGCAACUAAUGUGAGAUUGUUCAGGUCAAAACCCGAAGAGUUGAAGUCACAAGGUGCCUAGAAGGAUUUCCUGACACUAAUUCCAGGCCGCAUAAAUAAUGUUAGGUGUAGCAACCAUGAGUAGUUCAUCACAAAAGAGAGCACUGCUGUGCUCUUCAUCCAUAGCAUGCCUAAAAUGUUCAGUUCUGUACAUUUUUUGUGAUUAAAGUGUUAAUGUAGCAGUAUUUAAGAAUCAUAAUGUCAUUAUUAUUUUAUUCAAGACCUACAAAACUUUGGAAAACGAUAGUGAUGUGAAAUGAGAAUGAAUGGCAUUAUAUGUACUGGCUAGAAAACUGUUAUUACACAACUGAAUAGGUACUUUGUAAUUAAUGGAGUGUCAUGGAGUAGUUACUGAGCAUAGUUCUAAUGAUUCAAUCCUAAUGUAUCAGGUUAACUUUCAUGUUUGUUAAUGGGAGUAAACCUAACUUCUUAAAGAGAAAAGUUCAUGUCUUGUUUAGACAGGCUUGAGUUUGUUAUCUGGACCAGUGAACAUGGUAAUUAUACUGUAGCCGACUUUGUUAUACAAAUACCCACCAUACCCCACCCUGGUAGAAGAACAUACCCAAUGAAAUGGUAUGGAUGUAAAAAGAAUGCAUGUGCAUACAGUGCAUUCAGAAAGUAUUCCAAACUGUUCAUUUUCUACUUCAAUCUAAAUUUAAAAACCCAUAAUGACAAAGUAAAACAGAUGUUUGACACUGUUGCAAAUAUACUUAACAGAAACAAGCUGAAAUAUCACAUUGUAAGUAUUCAGAACCUUAAAGGAUCACUAUAGUGUCAGGAAAACAAACUUUGAGAGUACCCAUUCUGCUAAUUGGAAUUUACAGGACUUUCGAGCGCUGCUCCCUACCACUAACCCCAACCCUAAGGUAACCCACUGCUUAUAUCAAUUCUGAUAUUAGAUCAUGGAUUUUACUAUUUAACACGUUAGAUAGUGUGACGAGACCAAUCUCGCUACUGUGCAUUGGAGGAGCCUGGUUGCCCCCCUGUUGCCUUUAGACUAUGGCCCCAUGUUGAAACGCUUGAUUUUCCCCUGCAAAGACACUAAAGCCGGGUCAUUUGGUACUUGCCUUAUUUGAACAGUGAUACCCUAGAUAGCUAUGCCAUGGAGUCCAUUCGUAUAACGAAAGACUAUAUGAAAGACUUUGGCUCCAUGGCAAUUGAACUGUAUGUAUGUGAUCUGAGAGCCAUUCAGUAAUAAUGUGCGCUCAGAUCUAAGCUAUCUGGGGAUAUGUUGAAUGUACCUGUUUUAUGCAAUAGCUGCACAGUUAUAUAUUUUAUGUAUUUUAUUGUCUUUUGCUACCAUGUGUUCAAUGGAGUUUUGCCUCUGUCCUUGGAGAUAAUUGGAUUACUUCCCAAUUAUCUCCAGGAUAGAAGACUCUGUGGAACUGGUUUUGGGUAGAAAAGCCAUGCUUCAUUUGGUCACAAAGGACUUCGAUCUAUCUUUUGAACCACUGGACCAAUUUAGAUGAUUUUGAUUUUGAUAUUUGGAGUUGCUGAUUCUGAAAAUGUAAGUUUUACGUGAAUGUUAUGUAUACUUUUAAAAUGAUCAAUAAUGUGGAAAAACUGUAUUUCUCUGCCUGUGAUAAUUACAUUAACCCAUUGUGUAAGGCAGAUGGGAGGAUUUUGUGUGGGAGUGUCUGAGUGUAUUGUACGUGUCUAUUGGUUGUUUUACAAAACCCUGUGGGUGGUACUAAUGUGUAAGAAUGUGUAUAUGUGAUGAGAGCAAUCUCGCCACAUUGCAUUGGAGAAGCUUGGUUGCUCGCCUGCUACCUUUGGACUAUGGCCCCAUGUUAAAAGACAUCUUUUUCACUGCAGAAAAAACUUAUUCGUGCUUUUUCCCCGGUGUUUGGUAGAUUCGCAGAUUUACUGAAUGAACUCAUAUAACCCAGAUAGGUAUGCCAUGGAGCCUAUUCAUGUAAUAAAAGACUUUGGCUCCAUGGCAAUUGAACUGUAUGCGUUUGUGGUCUGAGCGCCAUUCAGUAUUAAUGUGCGCUCAGACCUAGGCUAUCUGGGCAUAUGUUGCAUGUCUGUAUUUUAUGUCAUAAAUGUAACCUUGUGUAUUUUAUUGUAUUUUACUGUCUUUUGCUGCCAUGUGUUCAAUGGAGUUUUGCCUCUGUCUUUGGAGAUAAUUGGAUUACUUCUAAUUAUCUCCAGGAUAGAAGACUCUGUGGAACUGGUUUUGGGCAGAAAAGCCAUGCUUCCUGUGGUCACAAAGGACUACGAUCUAUCUUUUGAACAACUGGACCAAUUUGUAUGAUUUUGACGUAUGUUUGUAUUUGGAGUAUGCUGAUUCUGAAAAUGUAAGUUAUGUGAAUGUGAUGCAUACCUUUCAAGUUAUGAAUAAUGUGGAAAAAAUUUAUUUCUCUGCUUGUGCUAAAUUAUAUUACCCAUUGUGUAAGGUAAUUGAAUCACAUGCAGAGGGGAGGAAUUUGUGUGGGAGUGUCUGAGUGUAUUGUAUGUGUUUAUUGGUUGUGUUCCAAAACCCUGUGGGUGGUACUAAUGUGUAAGAAUGUGUACAUAAGCACAAUAAACCCACAGCUCUGUCUGUUCACUGCUUGACCCUCAAAACGGAGCCUUGUCUCGUUCUUGGGGGGAUUUAUUGUAUGCUGUUCCAGUUUGACUGCUAGGAGUGUAAACCUAUUCGUACGGUUUUUCCUAUUCGGCUGUUUACAGCAUUCGUAUGGUUCCGGUUCGGCUGUUUUUGGCAUUCAUAUGGUUUCCUAUUAGGCUGUUUACAGCAUUCGUAUGGUUCCGGUUCAGCUGUUUAUGGCAUUCAUAUGGUUUCCUGUUCGGCAGAUUGGUGUCUUUGGUAGCUGCCUGUGUAUCUGGAAGGGGAAUAUCCUCUACUAAAUGGCGUUUAACCCCUUUUAUGGCCGGGGUGCCAUUACAGAUAGUGAUCUGUGACCGGCUGUUUUAAAAAUUGCAUUUAGUGUGUUUAUGAAUGGAGCCCUGUUUACCAGCUGAUUACACAGAGAUCAGUGCUGAGCAGCUUGCAAAGCCCAGCACCGGUCACGAGUUACGUGCAUCCCAGAAAAAUCGGUGGGCUGAGCAUGAUCAUUCAGCUGUAGUUCUUUGAAUUUAAGGGCUCCAUGCAGCCCUGAAUUCCAGCACUGCAUAGAGCUCAUUGGUCAGUCUGGGGCCCCCAAAAAGUUCACCAGCUGAAAAACAGGCUCUAUGUAAUGUGUGAGGGAUUAUGCAGCAUGUAUGUAAUGUGUGAGGGACUGUUCAGCAUGUAUGUGAUGUGUGAGGGAUUGUUCAGCCUGUAUGUAAUGUGUGAGGGACUGUUCAGCCUGUAUGUAAUGUGUGAGGGACUGUUCAGCCUGUAUGUAAUGUGUGAGGGACUGUUCAGCCUGUAUGAAUUGUGUGUGUUGGUUGUAUUUUGUAAGUGUUGUGAUUCUGAUUUUUAUUCUUUACAAUGUGAGUGUUUUAUGCAUAUGCUAAUAAUAUAUACAUGUAAAUAUUAAAAUAAUAUAAUAAUAUACAUAUGUAUUUGGAUAUAUGCAUAACACCCUAAACCAUUAAAGUGUAAAUUGUUUUAUUUAAUCAAACCUUAUCCUCACUACUUUACACACAGACUUUCUUUGGAAUACACAUCAACACACAAUCCCUGACCUGCACAUUGUCAUUUUGACACACACUGAUACACAUACACACAAACACACUCUCUAGCCCAUACACACACACCAUACUCACACACAAACUAACACACACUCACCCGCAUACUGUUACCUGCAGCCUUUAUGAUCCUGCAGUCUGUCUGCAACUUGUCCCCUUCACUUCUCUUUCCUCCAUGCACAGUGUGGGAUAUGAUGUCAUGCUGUAUUCUGGCAGCCAUAAGCUCUGUGCAUCGCAAGGUGUGACUGCUGCUUCUUAAACAUCAUCAUACCUGGCAGUCCUCUGCAGCCCCUAGCUGGCUCUGUGUGAAGGCAGACAGUCCAUCCUGCAACUCCCGCACGUCAGACGAUAUACACUUAACAUACCUGGAUUAGUGGUGUAAGAGGGGAUUUAACCCUGCAUAGACCACAAUCUUUUUAUAGGCGUUUAAAGCCCUAUUUAAAGAACUGCUUGCAGUGCUGACUUUCAGCACUGCUAGCAGCUCAUUAAAAGGUCUGGAGCCACUAUGAAUUGCCCAAGCAGACUAAGGGGCUUCCAUCCACUGAAACCUGGGGCUCCCAUCCAUUGAAACCUGGGGCUCCCUAGUGUGAACAGGCAUUUAUGUCCAUUUAACGUAGGACAGCAUGGAACGCCCUAACGUCAGGUUGUCAGGUAGGGGUUAACUACAUGAAAUGAUCCAGCCGAUUCUGUUUCUUAUUCCUUUGUUUUUUAAGCUCUCCUAAAAUGUUUAUUUGAGAGACAAUUAGCUCUACUUCAGUCCUCACAUCACAUCUUAAGCCAGUUUCACAGAUUAAUAAUAUAGGCAUGGUGAAUACCUUGUGGUUUGAUUGCUGAACCAUAAGUCAGGAAAAUAAAUAACUAUUUAGUGCAUGAGCGCACCCAUGACUGCCGUACAUGUGGUAACAUGCCUAUUACCUGGUAGAUUGAGAUAUUUAUCUGAGAUAAGAGCACGGGGGAGUGAAACUCUAAUCGUGUUUUCAAACUAAGAUAUAACUAGCAUUUAGAAAUAAAGGAAAGGGGGCUAACCAUAAAAAUUUUUUAGGAUUUACUACUACUUUAAAAAAAAAAAAGAAGUAAUUAUUUACAUUCAUUUAAUUACUGCUUAUAACACCCCUGUGGAUUGGUAAAUUGCCCCAAAGGCCCAGAAAUUAUGCCUUCAUGGCAAUCUCCACAAUAUCACAGCUGUGAUGAUUAAGGAAAAUGUUCUUUCUUUUAAAUUAUAACUUCAACUUCUGAACAGCAUUUUGGAAUACAGCCUCCCCUUUCUCAGAAAUCAAGUGUAAUUUCACAUUUUCUAAGCUUUGGGAUCUAUAGAAUAUCAUUAACACACUCCAAUUAGAUUUUUUUUUACAUUAUUCCGAUAUUUCUGUGUGUUUUACACAAUGUUUUCAUGAUAAUUUUGCUUUGUAUACAGUAUCAUAUUCAUUACUGCACUGCAUCUAUUUACAAUCAAUUUUUUAAUGAUUUUUAUUUAAAAUAAUUAGCAGAUAACAAGGUGUUUACCUUUAGACCCGAUAGAUAACUAGUUAACCCCUUAAGGACAGAGCUUCAGAAGCUUGUCUUUCACUUAAUGACAACAGCAUUGUUUUAAUUUUUUGCUGUUUGCGUUCAACUGCAAUUUGCAUUUUACUAAUUUAUUGCACCGACACGUAUCAUAUAUUGUUUUUUAAAGGACAGAAAGGGCUUUAAUUUUAUGUAACACACAUAUAUAUAAAUGCUUAUUUAUUAUAAAAAAAUACAGAAAAAUGCAAAAAAAAAUUUUUUUUAUUUUUACAGUUUUUGCAAUAAUAUGUGCAUAAUUAGUGCAGGUUAAGGAAAGUAAUUAAAAAUAAAUUCAUUUAGUUGUUCUGAUUUACAGAAUAUAUAAUGCGUCUGGGAUUUUAAGUUAUUUUUGGUAGUUACAGGUCACAAAACACAAGGAGUAAAAUAAACUCUUAAUGUGGAGCGAUUUUAGAAUUUGGUAUGUUUGUCUUGUAAGCUUAAUAGCCAUAAAAGAAAACAAAAUUUCCACACAAAAGUAUAUAUUUAUAUAAAGUAGACAUCACAGGCUAUUUACCUAGGGUUGUUUUGACACUUUCUACGUAGCCAUUUCACCACCAACCUCUGCUAAAUAUUGGAGUAAAAUUGUGGGUUUUUUUGGUUUUUGGCACACAAACUUAUAACAAAGAAAUUCUCAUGUGUAUUUUGUAAAGUUGGUGUGUGCUAUUCCUGUACAAAGUUUUAUUUUGUGUUCAGUUACAUCUGCUGAGUAAAAUGACACCCCCAUUGUAUGUCUUUGGCACAAUUUCGUGAAGUUACAGUGCCAUAUAGGAGGCCUGUUCUUUUCAGUAUUCACAGUAGAAUUUUGAGAGACAGAUUUAAUGAGCCUGUGCUUCCAUUUGGGGUAUUAUAACAGUUUGACUGUUCAAAAAAUCCCACAAAGGCCUACCAUUUGUAAAUGUAGACACUCCAGGGUAUCUCAAAAGGUGCAUAUUAUGCCUUAACAUGCCCCCAUUUUUUCACCAAUAUAUGCCAAAGUAUGUGGUAAAAGAUAAUUUUGUGCGUUUUUUUUACACAUGGAUUGUAUUUUUGCUGGGCAUUUUGUAUAUUUCACACGUGCCACUAAAUUCAAACCCCCCAAAUUAUGCUCAGCUAAGUCUUCUGAGUAAAAUGACACCCCCAUUGUAUGUCUUUGGCACUAUUUCGUGAAGCUAGAGUGCCAUAUAGGAGACUUGUCCUUUUCAGUAUUCACAGUAGAAUUUUGAGAGACGGAUUUAAUGAGCCUAUGCUUCCAUUUGGGGUAUUAUAGCAGUUUGACUGUUCAAAAAAAAACCCUACAAAGGCCUACCAUUUGUAAAAGUAGACACUCCAGGGUAUCUCAUAAGGUGCAUAUUGUGCCUUAACAUGCCCCCAUUUUUUCACCAAUAUAUGCUAAAGUAUGUGAUAAAAAAUAAUUUUGUGUGUUUUUUACAUCUGGAUUUCAUUUUUGUUGGGCAUUUUGUAUAUUUCACAUGUGCCACUAAGUUCAAACCCCCCAAAUUAUGCUCGGUUAAGUCUUCUGAGUAAAAAGACACCCCCAAUCAAUGUCUUUGGCACUGUUUCAUGAAGCUACAGUGCCAUAUAGGAGACCAAGCCAUAUCAGUUUUUACCAAACUUUGAAUUUUGGCGCUAGGCCUAUGUGCAAUUUCCAAGCAUCUUAGCAGGGUUUAAAUUCAAACUACACCACAAAGGCCUACCAUUUCUUAAAGUAGACACCCCAGGGUAUUUCAAAAGGUAUAUUUUGAACCUUAGCGUGGAAUCAUUUUUCCGCUAGCUUGUACCAAGUGCAGUGGUAAUAAGUGUUUUUUUCUGCCUUUUUGACACACAAAGUGAGUUUGCACAGUAUAUUUUGCAAACCUUAUGUGUGCUACGACUGUAUAAUACUUCAUAUGUUGCUCAGCUAUGUCGUCUGAGUACAGCAAUACCACCGUAUGUAUCUUUGCCAAGUAUAUGUGGAUGUUGAAGGGGCGCAUUUGAGACGCAGCCAUUCGGUUUUUUUCUGACUUUGAAGUUUUACGCUGUGUCCAUGUUCCAAUUUGGAGUAGUUUAGAUGGUUGGUUAUUGAAACUUCCCCACAAAGAUACUACUAUUUAUUAAAGAAUACACCCUGGGGUAAUUCAAAAGGCAUAUUUUGAACCUUAGCGUGGGAUCAUUUUUUCUCUAGUUUGUUCCAGGUGUAGUGGUAAUGAGCGUCUUUAAAUGUAUUUUUUUACUUUUUUUUACUUUUAGAAACUAGUUUUUAAACUUUUGUUUUGCUUAUUAAUUUUUUAAAACUUUCCUAAACUUUGUUAAAACUUUUUUUUUACAGAUUUAACAUUUUUCUAAGCUUUUUUUUUUUUACCGUUAACCCCUAACUAGCAGUAAGUAGCACUAACAGUAAAUUCCCAAUUUUCCCAUAACUCCCACCCACCCCAGCUAGCAAAAUAUAUAAUUAUAAAAUAUUUAAAUUAAUUAAAUAAAUUGAACCCCUGAGGGUUAAAAAAUAAUAAACGUUAAUCCUCAGGGGUUAAAAAAAAUUAGAUCACAGUAUCAUACUGUGAUCUGUAUUUUGAUCACUGUAGGCAGUGAUCGACUGGCAGGGAAGGGGUUAAUUUUUAUUUGGAUUGGGUAAAGGGGGGUGUUUUUUUUAUUUUUUACUUAAACGUUAUUAAAACUUUUUUUAGCUUAAUUUUUAACUUUUGAAAGUUUAUUUUAAAACUUUUUUUAACUUUAACCCCUAGUUAGCCUAACACCAAAUUCCCCAAUUCCCCACUAACUUCCACCCACCCCAGCUAGCUAAAUAUAUAAUUUUAAAAUAUUUUAAUUAAUUAAUUAAAUAAAUUUAACCCCUGAGGGUUAAAAAAAUAAAUAAAAUUAACCCUCAGGGGUUAAAAAAAAAUUCAGAUGACAGUAAAAUGUAAUCCCUGCCAAUUGAUCACUGUAGUCAGUGAUCAAUUGGCAGGGAAGGGGUUAAUUUUUUAUUAAAAUGGGUAAAGGGGGGGGGGUGGGAUUUUAAAUUAACUUUAUUUUUUUUUACACAGGGGGCAGGAUCAUCACUGUUCCGGCUCCCUGCACUUGACACAGAACCAGGAAGUGAGGCGGAAGGUGAGUAUCUAGAGCACAUGUGCUCGCUCUGACAGCCUGUUAGAGCGAGCAACGGUGCUGGGGCAGCCCGAUCGGGUGCUCCCGGUUUGCCUCUAAUACAGAGGCAGACCGGAGCACCAGUAACCCCGCGAUAGCGGCGAUCCAGGGUUAAUUCUAACGGGUGACGGAUAAUACAUUAUUAUUAUUAUAGCCAAAUUUACCCACCCUAACUCCUCCCACAGUUUUUACACUACGUAGACAGUAAUAUACCGAAACGUGCAGAUUGUUCCUGGUCGGUGUGCUAUUACUUUGUGGAACGUUUUGCCGAAUAGUUCACGAAAUAUCGUUGUUUUUGUGUCAAAAUUGGUCCCAUAGGAAUGAAUGGUGGAAUGUUCAAAACUAGAGUGGGAGCUGACAAAAGCUGAAAAAUCAGGACAUGAUUUCUAAACAACGACCGUUUGAAGAUGGCAACCACCAGUGAAGUUAGCAAUUUGGAGCAGUUUGUUUUUAACCGCUCAUGUCUGCCCUUGCUGUAGAGUGAGUUACCAUAGGAACCCAGGUGUGUGAGCAGCUAGCAGAGUGUUCCAGAACACACAGGUGGCUAGAUGAAACACAUUCUCUAAACUGCUGUCAUUCCUACAGUUUUGAUAACAAAAAAGUGAGCACUAUCACAUUUAAUAAAUAUAUUUCCAUGUUAGUCAAUUUGUUAUACCUGUAACAGAAAAACAGUAACAUACAAUGUUACAACAAUACAGCUAAUCAAUGUUUCAUAAAGUUACUCUGCCCGGUUCAACCUUUCCACAGUUACUCCAGCCACUCCAACCACACAACAGUUACUCAAACCACUCCAACCUUUCCACAGUUACUCCAGCCACUCCAACCUUUCCACAGUUACUCCAGCCACUCCAACCACACAACAGUUACUCAAACCACUCCAACCUUUCCACAGUUACUCCAGCCACUCCAACCUUUCCACAGUUACUCCAGCCACUCCAACCACACAACAGUUACUCAAACCACUCCAACCUUUCCACAGUUACUCCAGCCACUCCAACCUUUCCACAGUUACUCCAGCCACUCCAACCACACAACAGUUACUCAAACCACUCCAACCUUUCCACAGUUACUCCAGCCACUCCAACCACACAACAGUUACUCAAGCCAGACUACUGGUGGAGGCAAGAACACCUCACACAAUUUCCCCAGAAAUUGUAGCUUUUCUAGUUUAUUUUGUUGCUUCACAAUCCACCAGCGACUUAAGAGCCAAAGUGUUUCUAUAUUUCCAGUGGUGUGGACAUUUUAAAAUAAAAUCUAUUUGUCCAUGGAAUUAGAGUGGAUACUUUUACUGACCCACAAAAUAAUUUUCAUUAGAAAUAUAGAGGCAUCUCUCCUUCUGUCCCCCCUCAUAUUGUGCUGGCAGUGUGGAGUAUGUCUUUUGUGUAUGCGUGUUGGCUCUGCUAACUAUGUAUGUGUGUUGGGUUUGGUGGUUAUGUGUAAUGUGUGCGUGUGGUGGUCUGGCUGUGUAAUGCAUGGGGGUUUGUUGACUGUGUGUAGUGUGUGUGGUGUGCACUGGCUGUUUGUAAUGUAUGGGUGAUGUGCGCUAGCUGUAUAUAAUGUGUGGGAGCUGUAAAGCAGUAUGUAGUGUGUGUUUGGGGGUUGUGGGCUGUGUGUAAUCUGUGGGGGUUGUGGGCUGUGUGUGUGUAAGAGGGCUCUGUACCUUGCCCCCCUCCUGCGUACCUUUCUUGCAGGGAGGGAUGGCUAUACUCCAUAGUGGUCCAGCAGAGGAUAAAAUUCUAGCAUGGGCAAUUUUCUUUUGUUUUUUUAAGGGGAGGAAGUGGCCCAGACACACCUGUGGUUUGCACCUCCUUUGCGUUCACACCAUUGUAAUCACUCCCUUGCGAUAUUGUGCUCAUCAGUGAUCGCAGUACAGUGAGGCAGGCAUUACUGUGCUUUGCACCCGAUUCAAGUGCAAACCACACAUUCCCUGUGCACCUGUAUCAGCCCUGCUGCUUGCCUGUGGCAGGACUAAGGGGAGGGGGGUGGAGGGGGACUUCUCUGAUGUCCUAUGUUCUAAUUUAUAAAUACCAUAUAUACUCAAGUAUAAGUCUAGUUUUUCAGCACAUUAUUUGUGCUGAAAAACCCUCACUCGACUUAUACUCGAGUCAGUGUCUGUAUUAUGGCAACUAACAUCGCCAUAAUACAGACCAGGGCCGCCGGGCUCAUUACAAGCCCGGCAGUCCUGUUGGGGGCUGGCAGUGAGCUGUAACUUACCUUUCCUGCAGCUCCUGUCAGCUCCCUUCUCCUGUGCUCCGGUCAGCUCCCUUCUCCUCCACUGUAAGUCUCGCGGUGUGACUGCCGCGCGGAGCGUUGCCACGGUGACCUGUGGCAACGCUCUGACCCCGCGGCUCUCGCGAGACUUACAGUGGAGCUGACCGGACUGGAGGAGAAGGGAGCUGACAGGAGCUGCAGGAAAGGUAAGUAACAGCUCUCUGCCAGCCCCCUCCUACACAGCCCAUCCACUGGACCACCAGGGAAUGAGAGCCCCCCUCCCUGGCCAGCUAACAAGCAGGGAGGGGGGACGAAAAUAAAAAUUAAAUAAUAAAAAAAAAAUAUUACAAUAAAAAAAAUGUAAAUAUUAAAAUUAAAAAAGUAAAUAAUAAAAUUAAAAAAUAAUACUAAAAUAAAAUUAAAAUAUUAAAAUUAAAAAAAUUAAAAAUAAUAAAAAUGCCCUCCCCCACCCAGUUCACACACAAAUACACUCAUACAAACACACACUCUGCAUUGUAUACACACACACACCUCAUUAUAUAUACACACACUCAUACAAACAUCUGCAUUAUACACACACACUCAUACAAACACACACUCUGCAUUAUAUAUACACACACACUCUGCAUUCACACAAACACACACACUCUGCAUUAUAUAAUGCAGAGUGUGUGUUUGUAUGAGUGUGUAUAUAAUGCAGAGUGUGUGUUUGUAUGUGUGUGUGUGUGUGUGUAUAAUGCAGAUUGUUUGUAUGAGUGUGUGUGUAUAAUGCAGAGUGUGUGUUUGUAUGAAUGUGUGUGUAUAUAAUGCAGAGUGUGUAUUUGUACAAGUGUGUGUGUAUAAUGCAGAUUGUUUGUAUGAGUGUGUGUAUAAUGCAGAGUGUGUGUGUAUAAUGCAGAGUGUGUGUAUGAGUCUGUGUGUAUAAUGCAGAGUGUGUGUAAUGCAGAGUGUGUGUGUGCGUGUAUAAUUCAGAGUGUGUGUAUGAGUGUGUGUGUAUAAUGCAGUGUGUGUGUAUGAGUGUGUGUGUGUAUAUAAUUAUAAAAAUCACAGAAUUUCAUAGCCCCAAGUUUUACCCUCGACUUAUCCACGAGGCAUAGCAUAUUUCACAAUUGUUGGUCACAAAACUGCACUCGACUUAUACAUGAGAUCGACUUAUACACGAGUAUAUACGGUAAUCAAAAUAAAUGUUGCAUUUAUAUUUACCAUAACAGUGGUCUCUUUUUUUUUUCUCUGUACAGAUACACUAUGAUGGAACACAUUUCCAGUAUAAGUACAAGCCUCCUUCAGCAGAUCUCUGCACUCGGGUGAACUCCAUAAGGUCAGAGCCAUCAUAAACAUUUCAUAAUAUAUUUUUACUUUUGCCAGUAAAAUCUGUGAUACAAGAAAAAUAGUUUUUACUUGCCUUUAAACCAGUGCCAACAGAUGCUCUAAAAAUGUUUCUCAAUGAAUUUAAUGUUUUCCUAAGAGCUGCAACCUCACAUAAAAGAGUUUUAUUCGGUGUAGAGGAAGUGCCUCUAGUGACUGGCUCGAAGAUAGUCACUAUAGGUGUGUUUAACCCUGCAAUAUAAACAUUGCAGUUUCUGAAAAAUUCAAUGUACCUAGACUACUUCAUUGAAAUGAAGUGGACUGGGUGACUUUAGUGGUCUUUUGAGCUCCGAAGAGGCACAUUAUAAGUGCUGAAAAUAGAUGUCCCUGUUAGACAGGUGCCCACUCUGCCUUAUGGGAAUUCUGCCCAUGGACAGACCUUGGAUAGUUGAUAAACAUGCCUAUGUUAACUUCAGCCCAUUAUUUAUUAUUUUACAUUUAUUGAAGCAGGGAUUGGCCAGAAGUAGACUCCCAGGAUGCUUUGCUACAGAUGUUUUAUAUAUAUAUAUAUAUAUAUAUAUAUAUAUAUAUAUUUCUAUUUUUAAUGCAUAUAUAGAUGGCACAUUAAAAAUGCAAAAAUAAAUGAAUUUAAAAGAAAGUUCAGUUAAUAAAUAAAAUAACAGUUUAUGCACAGCCCUGGUAAAAGGAACCACCUGAGCUACCAGUCACACAUAAGAAUACCAUGUGUCAUGAGCUCUGUGUGAGUGGCGGAGAGAAGAGUGAUGUGCACUUUGUGUGCCUGCCCACUAUGCGCAUGCCACACACACAGCUUGGAUGGAUCUUGGUUGACAAAGGAGGAAGUGUUGACAACCAUAUAGCUGCACCAAAAUUCACAAUUUGUUGCUGUUUUUAACUACUGUGUGCCAUGACAUCAUUAGGGUCAAAUUAACCAAUCUUUGCCUAUUUAAAGCUAUAUAUACCCUCAUUAGUGGUUAUACUGUGCCCUGUCAUGGGCACAUUUUUUAUUUUCAAGUUAUCUGAUCCUGGCUUGUAUCUUGACCAUAAUCCACUCUAUUGUCCUUGACAACCUUUGGCUUGUAUACUCGUUAACGUUGCUCUCAGUCUAUCUCGUAUUAUUCUAUAUAGCUUUAAGUUCGGCCACUCUAAGGCCCAGUAACAUGCUUUAGUAAUCUGAUUUAGUAUAUUAAUUAGUUGUUCACUUGAGUACUGAAUGUUGGGUCUUAGUCCAUCCUGACACCCCUUUAAUGUUACAUAUUUAAAAAGGAUAACAAUGAGUGUUUAAAGGGGUACUGUCACAUACCAGGAUGUUUACUUUAUUAUUAUUUAACAAAUAUAUUUUUAUAUGGUGUAAAUAAUAAAUUUAAAUGUAGAAAUCCACACACAGUUUAAUCUGCAACUGGGUGCCUUCUUUAUGCCUGGCUGUCUGAAUAGAGAAAACACACAGAGAAGAGGAGAAAUUUAACAAUGUUUCUAUUUCUUAAUUUAAUCUGCAGUGUUUGCAAUGACUUUGCAUUGCCUGAACUGUUUUAUGAUGUCAUUUGCUAAAUUAUUAAUAGUAAUUUAAUAGUAAAUGAAGCAUCUCCUAAGAGAAAAUAACACAAGUUAUUUGUGUUUCAUCCACCAGGGGCCCUGUCAUUUCGUUACUCUCAAGCAUGUCUAUGGGGUCACCCUACUGACGCCUGGGGGUAAUAGACAAAACUUGACAGCAGAAGCUCCUCCUUUUGUCAAGUUGUUUUGUCAGCCUCAGACUUUACCAUAAAACAAAGUAGUCCCUACUUUGUCUUAUGAAAUCUUUUGAUUUAGUUUAAAUAUCAAUGAAAUUCCAACACAGUCAAUGUGAGUAUUGAGAGUAAGUAUAAACAUUCUAUUUUAUGAAAUACUCAACAUUUCUGGCGAAGUGACAGAACUUCUUUAAUUAACACUUUUUGAGGUAUUUUACUGUAAAUCAAUAUAUAAUAUUGGCUUUAUUUAUUUUCCCACCCAGGCUCCCAAGUGACCUAUAUCAGUGGGCUGUGAAGAUCCUUUCAGAAACCCAGGAAGAAGUUCCCUAAAUAGCUCAUAUUAUUCUCUUGACUUAUUUGAACUUUCAGAAAAUGUAUUUCCUACUGCAAAUAGGUCUAGAGCUAUAAGCUUCUAUGGGAGCACAAACGAAGAGCACAAAGAGAAAUGUAUAUCUGGAAUUUCUCUAAAAGAUCAUUCCAAGCAUAUGAAUCCUUCUGGAACUCGAUCCAAGACAAGAAAUAAACAGAAGUCUAUCUGCAAAAUGAAAUGGGAAAUUAAUUGUUUUUCGAUAUUGCUUACUGUCACUAUGUUGUUGGUCUGUGGAAUUAGCAUGUUACAUUUCACAACCCACUUAAAGUGUUCAAUUAAUUAUUAUAGGGUUAACUCCAUGCCACCAUAUUUGUGUUUCUAAGAUGGCGGCAGCUGGAAAUUCCAUCUUCUGCUUUUCCUUGAACGUGCACAUCAAAUUAUGAGCAUGUCCAGGCUUCUAAUGGACCUGUGCUAACCUUCGCAAUCGCGCAAUGGUCAACCCCGCUUCAGGAAGUGACGCAACACUGGAAGGAAGUGAAUACAUGUUGACCAGCCACUCAAUCAUUUUAUACAGUCAGUCAAGUAAGCAGCAAAUUGGCAUUGGUGGUAAAUGCCAAGUCAGUUAUACAGAACAGCACUCUACCAGAUGUAAGUUAUAUAGAACUCUGAACAAUGUUAAAGUAACCACUUCAAUAGCACUGCUGACAAACUGGUUGCAUGGCAAUGUUAGGUUAAUUUGGCAUGUUUCUAAUAAAAAUAAAUGUCAAGCUACACAUUUUGAAGACCAAAUAAACGCAUAACAGUAAGACAGGGUGUAAAUGUUAUUGCUACACUCAAUUGAUAAACAUCAACUGAGUGAAUAUAGAGGUUUCCUAGUACUUUAUUAUUGCUUCUAACAGAUGUCUGAUAAAUAUUUUUUUUACAAAAAGUAACAUUCUCUUUAGAAUGAAUUUGAGCAAAAAAAAAAAGUUGUUACAAAUAACUUUACGCAAAGAAUGCAAUAAGACAUCACUUUUCUAUAAGAACUCAGGAGGUACAACAGCAAUCCACAAGUGGACAAAAUGAAAAUCAGCUUUAAGACUUAUUUUGCAAAUAAAAACUGCAAAUGAAAUAUUUGUUGAAACAUUGUGAUAAUGUGUUUGUUUUAUAUAUAAUAUAUAUAUAUGCACGCAUGCACGAGGAAAGGGGGGAGGACAGAAACUGAGAGAGGGGGAUCAGGAGUGGAGGGGGGGACUGGAGGUGAGGGGGGGCAGGAGCUGAGGAAGGGGGACAGGAGCUGCGAGGGCUGAGAUGGACUGAGCAAGGGGGACAGGAGCUGAGAGGGUGGAGACGGGCUGAGGAGGGAGGAUAGGAGCUGAGGAAGGGGGACAGGAGCUGAGCAAGAGCUGCAAGGGUGGGGACAGUGGCUGAGGAAGGGGGACGGGCUGAGCAAGGGGAACAGGAGCUGAGAGAGGGUGGGAACAGGUGCUGAGGAGGGGAAUAAACAAAAAAACUAUAGUCUAUCCCCCCCCCCCCCUUAAGAUCGGCAGGAGGCAGCAGCCAGUGAAGUCUGCCUCUUUUGAUGACAUCAUCAGGAGUGGCCUGCUACUUCACUGGCUGCAGAGAGAGAGGUAAGUUGAAAAAUUCGAGUCCCCAGCCAGAAACAGGGGAUUCGUAUUUUUGCUGGAUGCGGAUGGCCCUGGAUUUAGAGCGGCCUGGGGGGCAAUUGCCUCCCUGACCCCCGCCCCUGUCGCUCUCUGCCUCCUACAACCUUAGCACGAUCAGGGAACUUAAUGAGCAUUCAAGAUGCUAAACAUCCUCAUGCAAAGCCUAAACCCUGCAAAGAAAAAUACUGCAGUUUCUCUAAAACUGCAAUGUUUUACAUUGCAGGGUUAAGGGGACAGGAACACUGCAAUGAGCUGAGAUGAAGUGGUCUAGCUGCAUAUAGAGUCCCUUUAAAAGAACAAGAGCAGAAUGUAAUCAGGCAAACAGAAUCAACUGGUAAAGUAGGUUUUCUUCUGGGCUGUAUAGUAAACCACAUUAAUCUUCCAGCACACGUUUAGUUACCCAUCUCUACCUGAUGUUCGUAGUGGGUGUCAGGGUGAUCACUGUAUCUCAUGUAAAGUAAGAAUUCUUUCUGAUUCCCUAGGGUUCUGUUUUCCUAAAAUGUCACCACUGCCUGGUACAAAAUAACAGUGGGAGAAAUUCUGUGAAGGGGUUUGUCAAACCAAUGCCAUGUUUGUUAUUACAAAAAUAUUGGUUUAGGUGUAUAAUGCAUUAUAUGAUGCACAUUGUUCCAUUCACCCUGGGGUACUAUGUUCAGGUGCUAAAUGAGUCAAACCAAACCCCCCUUUCUCCAUACUUAAUUUUAUUUUUUAUGUGAGAUUCACAAUAUUGAGCUUAGUAAUGGGUAUGAGCAGGUGGAAGGUUCCAAGUCUGUCAUUGAGUUGUGUAGUGAGCAGUGUCUUGCACAGUUGGGACUUUGGCCAACAUCAGCAUGUUUAUCAUAUAGGUAAACAAUCCUAUUAUGGAGGUUCUAGUGUUAGUUCUGUUUUUCCUAGAUACUGUCUUUUACUUAGGCAAGCCCACAGCCUUCCUAAAUCUAUAUCCCAUUAUGCCUCACCACAAUUUGUUGUAUAACAUUAUGUCCUUUUGUGCUGCUGACUAACUGUAUUAAUCUGAGUCUACAUAGAUCCCAUCUGCUGCACAUCUGUUCCUCUUCCCAGGGGAUACUAGAUCACUUUCCACCAUGUCUAAUAGCAAAUAUCCUCCAGCACUGGAUGAGCUAAAGCAAGAAUAAUCAUUGCUGUGUCAUUGUUUUAUUAAAUAGUAUAAAAGUGAUGUUCUCCUCUAAAAACAUUUUUUUAUCCAGUUUCUUACAGAGGCUGUACAUACUGGAUAUCAUGUAAAUGUUACCUCGACUUGGAUGGACAAAUAGAGGGUUGCAGGUGUGGACGGUGAACCCUCCUGCUGCUCUCUCAUUAUCUUUCUUCUGACUCGUCUAUCAUACGCCAGUAAGUAGAGAUGUCAGUCAAAUAAAUCAUCAAGCCCCAGGAUACUCUUGAUUUGUCAUGCAGACACCCUGCUUUUAAUUUAGGAGCAAACACUAAACACUUUUUAGUUCUUCCUAAUAUAUAGGGUUCUGAUCUAAAAAAAAACAGCUGUCAAACCAUAAAUUAGUGAUUCAAAGUUGGUGUUAAGUGGCACAAGCUACAAGACUGGUACACCUGG